GAGUCUAGGCUGCCUGUGCUCCCAUCAAAUGUUAUACAACCCCUUUAAUGUUGGAGGCCAGUGUGUAAUCUUGAUUCAUGUUAUGGUUCGUUUUUAAACAAAAAUAUAUGCCUUUCACUACGUUUCAGAUAUAUGGACUUCAAUAAGUUUGAUUUCAAACAUGAAAAUCAGUUUACAAAUCUGUCACGGCUAACCACCCUGUAAGUAUACUUUCAGUGCUUGCUUGGAUGGUUGUUUUUUUUCUUUACCGUCAAUGACUUAGACAGCCUGCCAAUACAGCUGUCCCUUCUCGCUCCUCGCGAAACAUCCCUAGCUUAGAGGAGAGAGUAGAAACGACUUUAUUCACAUCCCCUUCCCCCCUCCCCAUGGCUAAGGCGACUCUGAAGAAACUGAGGUCUCGUAACAUGAGUCCAACCUAUCACAUUCAGUGCUCUACCACUGACAACUGACUCGUGGGAACUUAAAGGUCAUUAACCCAUAUACAGGUGACAAGAAUCCUGCAUACUGCUAUGGCUGUAAAUGUCGACAGUUGGCAAGUUUGGAAAGAUAUGGAUCGAAGGCCGAAUUCUAAGCCUGACAUAAACUGGUCUGUUUUCUGUUACAGUAUGGUAUAACUAUCUAACAUUCAUUUUUACUGUAAGUCGUUAAUCGACUGGAUCUAUCCAAUAUGGAUAGUGGUGGCUGUAUGAUCUCUCGUGAUGGCCCCGCCAUUUUCAGCUAAAAACGAUAAAGGAAGAAAAGAAAACGGGCCACUGUUCACAGACAGCUCCUCAAGAUUAUGCUAACAUAAACGUAAUCAUAAUAUUAAAAAUGCAGUGAUUUUUUAUAGGGAUCUUUCCAACAACCUUAUCAACAGUGUGCCCAAUUCUUCAUUUCAUGGACUAACAUCUUUGACAUUUAUGUAAGUACUCUUUUUGCCAAGAAAAUUUCUUACCAACAUCGUACGUCGAUUAAGAUAACAUGUAUCACUAUUUUCUUUACCAUUUACAGGAGUCUAUUCAACAACCAGAUUUGUAGGAUUCUAAAAGUCAUGUUAAAAGAUUUGUCGGCUUUGACAACCCUGUAAGUUGCAUUAUUAUUCAUUCAAAAUAUUUGCCCGUUUCUGAUUGGUCAAAACCACGGGCAUAAUUCACCAUAACCAGCUGCUGUAUACCAAAUUUGACAAGAAUUUUGUCAUACUGAACCGAUGACGUCAAAAUGACGUCAAAAGUGCAGCCUGGUUGCAGGUUAUUGAACCGUUAUCCGAGAAAAACCUAGGGACGAGGUUCAGUUGUUUUGGUAGUGAGAACAAAAUGGCUGAACAGUCGGCGGAACAUUUUACUCGUGUCAAGGCGAAAUAUUGUCUAUAAACAUGGCAAGAACAGCUUGAAGACAGACGACAUCUGCUUUUUGGAGUAUAUUUGUAGACCUGAACAGACCUUUAUCUCCUAAACUUCUCGAUAAAGACGUAUUAUCGAUAUGAAGUUACAUCGACCAUGGGUAGCAUGUUUUAAACAAUUUUUAAAUUCGGCUUUCGUAGGAUAUGAAGGCCUCCGGGCUCGGUGGAUCUGGAACACCGUCCCCGAUCUGCAGAAUUCUUCAUAUCCUACUCAGCCUCAUUCAAUAAUUGCAAAUUAUUUUUCACUAACAUCUACUCUAAUGCGUUUUCAAAAACCUCCCUCUUGGCAUUGUUUUUGAUUGUGUGUAAGCAACAGCAAACGCACAAAAAACACCUUUUUUUUUCAAAGCUCUUAUUAAUAAAUGUCGAGCGUUUUUGCGACGUCCUUUUUCAUCAACCUCAGCUUGUGAUCGAUUAAGUAUGGGCGCAAGGCCAGAUCGCGGAAAAAAUGUCUGCGGUUUCAAAACGAAAAUUCGUCAGUGUUGACGCCGCCAAAGGAGUAUCAUUGUUAAUGUAGAAAUUCUUAAACAACUCUCAGUGAUCAGAAAAAUUGUAUUCCAACUUACAAACCCAGUAAGACCGCAUUUAUUAGCACCGAAGAGAAACAGGGAGAGCCAAUGUACAUGAAACUAUACGUAAUCUGUUGAUCUUUGUUGAGUUAUUACCACCUUUUAAUUUCAGAAAUCUGGCUAACAAUGACAUCGCUUACAUUGAAGAUGGAGCAUUCGCUGUUCUACCCACAUUGUCAAGCUUGUCAAUGUGAGUAGUACAUGUAAAUGGUUCGGGACAUGCAAUACAAAAUAAUGUUUUCCAUUUUUCAAAUGGGUGACCGUGUCAUGACUAGCUCAGUCGGUAGAGCGCUUGACUGCAGAUCGGGAGGUCACGGGUUCGAUUUUCGGGGUCGGACCAUUACUCAAGGGGUUAAAAUAACUGAGAAAUGAAGGUACUCCCUUUGCCCUGCAAACGGGUAGACCUUCGCGUGGCUCGGAUGAUUAAGUAAAAUGACGGUCCCGUCUCCAUUAGGAAACGUAAAAAUAGUGUUAUCAAUUAGUACCUUAGUGCUAAAUACAUUGACACUCAAUUAACCGCCUACAAAGCGGUUAACUGUUCACUACAUUUUUCGUUGCGUGGCCUAUUUAUUAAUUGGACAAGAACAAACAGAAUCUUGCUACGUUAUUCUCUAGAGCCUUUACAUUACAAGAUUCUUUUCACCCAGAUCUUUACUCUUCCUGAGGCGUUCUCUCAUAAUUUGUUUGUUUUUUAUCUUUUAAGAAAUCUUGGAAAUAAUCAGUUGACGACACUUCCCAUGGAUGGAGACUUUCAUAAUAAGCAAGUCAAUGUCUUGUAAGUUGAGUGUAAAUGCUGAUUUCCAUAUGAUCGCUACUACCAGCUUCCUCUAAAGGUGCUUCAAGAAAGAUUGUGACUAGAAUGGAUACCCCAAGAUCCGGUUGUCAACCUCACUUACGGGACAGACCAUCAGAAAAGGGAAGGGGGGAAAUCCUUCCAAAUUACUAUCCAGUGACUAGCUAGCAUAAAGUGGUUUUCGUUUGAGUGUCGUAAAACCAAAACCAAAGUAAUUAGAGACCGGUUAGUGUAUCCUGUGUCUGUUAUGUAACUUGGUUAGUUUUGAGCUUCAUUAAUGUACACCGACUGCGUUUCGCGGGGAAAAUGCAUGCGAGCGCGUCACAAUUGACUUUGGUUUUACUUCUGACUGGAUGAAAAGGUGGCGCGAAUCUUUUAAGCCAAUCGCAUCGUGUAGAAAGUGCAAAACCAAUUACUUUUCGACACUCAAAUGAAAACCGCUCUAAGGCCAACUUGAUUUACAUAAAAAGGCAGGAAUGGUUGUAUCAAAAGAAGGUCAACUCCAGCCUCGUUUCGUCUACAACUGUAAGUGACCUAUCGCCCGUACCUCGAGGGAGGUUCUGUUGUAUAAGGUGGAGACCUAAAGCUGUUUGCGGGGUGGGGAAGGGGGUGUGCACGGCGAAAGAAAAUAACUGAGAGUCUCAGACGCAGUUGAUUCUUACAUAAAAAGCAACUGAUUUCAUUGAAUUUGCAGAAAUGUUAGUAAUAACAGAAUAACAUCAAUAAGGAAUGGGACGUUCAUUGGCGUGACAUGUCAAGGUCAAAGAUUUACAUGGUAAGUUCAACUUGCAACUUGUUUUUAUUUGAUUCAUAAAUUGUUGGUGCUUUCUUUCUUUCUUUCUUUCUUUCUUUCUUUCUUUCUUUCUUUCUUUCUUUCUUUCUUUCUUUACUUUUAUGGCUUAGUUUUCAUCAAUUUAUGAAAUCAAUAUCAUAAACUAACUGAUACAGCAACUUGCCAUAGCCUGUGUACAGCCGCCCCCUCCCCUCCCGUCAUAUACAAAAUUUGGGAGAUUUUGUUAAGGUGAGGGAGCGACCGUAUACAGACUACUUACCAGUGUUCGUAUAAAAUAAAUAAUAUCAUUUUAUUUCUGUUAUCCAAGGGAUUUCAGCGGCAACCGUAUUGCUACUAUUGAAACCGGAGCCUUUCAGAAUAUUCAAGGACCAACCUGCACACUGUAAGUAUUUGCACAAGAGUUCUGAAGGUCCUAGAAAGUCCUUGUCCACAGGUCUCCAUUUUUAUUGAAUAAACAUGUUUUUCUACUGGUGGGCCAAACAUUUCGAUGAAAGCACAACUUUUCUGAAACCGUCACCAGACCGCUUUCCUGUUCUCGUGUGAACGGAUGAAAGUGGAAAUUGGGGGAGAUAAUGACGUAACAGUGUAUAAUGUCGUCCAAGAAGAGUGUUGUUGGGGCUAGCUUGUUUGUCCUUAUUUGUUCUUUCCUUACUUUACGACUUUGGUAUAAAAGCUGUCGGUGUGUAUGUAUAAGAGGGUCACCACUUUUGACAGACUUGUUCACCAUAUAAUGCUUUUCUUUACAGACGUUUUACAGGAAAUAUAUUGAAAAACAUUGGCUCCCGUGCAUUUGAUAAUAUGAACGUGGAUUUAAUGUAAGGAUAUUGAUACUUAAAGACUCCGUCUUAGAUUUACAUUAAAUAAUUUAAAAAAACUAACAAUAACUGAAAACAUUACUCACAUUUCGAGUUUUCUAACCGACAGACGACCAAAAAAAACGCUACAAAAAAAAAGAACGCUAUUACCUGACCAAUCAGAUCAAUGCCACCAACGGUCUGGCGAAACACGGCUCACGGAUAUGUCAAGCAUAGAGAUAGGCCUAAUUACUCAUAGUUAACAACUCCCAGUUUUUAAGGCUGGUUUUCAAAUACCGCGGACGUAACUGCGACAUAACCACUGAUCUUGCGUGCGCUACUGUUCCAACAUAUGGGAACAUACAUGUCCGCCGCCGGCAGCAAGAAACCUCGCAGGUUUUCACCGCCCGCAUGCCUUCAAAGUUAAACUCGAGUCAGGUUGGCAGGCAUGCCGGCGGUAAAGGCUGAAAAAGUUAAUGUGUCGGCGAAUGUUAUCCGUAAUUAUAUCGAAACACUAUCGCACGCAGUUCCGUUGGCUUUGAAAUUUCUAACAAUAUGGCUUACAAGUUGCCUUCCUCGUUUUCCUUUUGUGGUUGUUAUUGUUGUUGUUGUUUGUUUUUUUUUUUCUAAAAAGGUUAAUUGUUCUACUAUGAAAAAGCAACUCUAGACUAGACUAAUUCCUAGUUUUGAAAAAAAAAAUGUGUUCUUUGAGAGUAUGAGAGUAACACAAUAGAUCGCUUAUCUCGUGAACGUUUAUAGACCUCUUGAAAUGGAAGACCAGAAAACUUGCCAUAGCCAUGAUCUUAUUUGGCUAAUAAACAGGCAAAAUCCUAGUUUGGGAAUUUGACAUGUUUAUGUGAACGUUGACUUUGUAUAACAGUAUUUAACUUUUGUUAUAGUGAAUUGAACGAUAUGGAGUUAACAACAUUGGUUUCGGAAACUUUCAAGAAUGUUACGUCAAAGAAUCUGUAAGUCUUAAAGUUCAUAUUUGUCACCUGAUGAACACUUACACGCCUUAAACACCCUCAAACACCCCCUUGUGACGUUGUCGGGUUAAUUUCUUGAGAUUACUUUCAUGUACAAGUUGUAGAGGACGCAAAGUGCUCUCAAACCUACUAAAGUAUGGGCGAUUCUGUCGAGCAAGCAACACUGGUGCUUAGAAAUAUUCCUAGUUUUUCAGCUUUUGCAAAAGAAACAAAAAUAACAGAAAAUGGAAGGAGAAAGGGAAAAGCGAAGCGUUUAAAGUCAGUUAGAUCGCUGUGUUAUGAUCCAGAGCUCUCCCCUAGGAUAGGAAGAAUAAAGUGUGGCACCCAGAAGCAAACGUAAAAUUGCCAGAGGAAAACUCUCUUUAAUAGGCACUCCCGAAUAACCUUUACCCCCUUUUGAAAGGCAAGCUGUGGUUCGCAUCCUUUAGUACAAAAGAUAAGUUCGCAUUCACAAGUAAAUCUCAUGAAUGGUUGUGCCACAGCCCGUGCUGUGACAAAGAGGCUCUUAGCAUUUCGAAACUGGGCCAUUCGCCAUUUGCACAUCUCCCGUAAUAGCCCUUUCGUCCUCCACAAUUUUGCAUAAGCAUUGUCUUUUAUUUCUCUUGGGCCCACUGUAAUACCCAGGAGAAAUCAAAGACAAUGCUAUGCAAAGUUUUGGGGGGCAAACAAGGUGUAUUGUGGGAGAUGUGCAAAUGGCGAAUUAGCGGAUAUUGCUAUUCAGUUUCAGUUCAUUCCUUUGUAAGGAAUUUUCAGUACAAUUUUUUUUUUCAAAUAAACGAUUCUUUUGUAGGAGGCUGCAGAACAACAAGAUAGUCACUUUCCAAGAAACUCCUUUUCUGAGGGUCACCGUGUCCCAGUCAUUGUAAGUAAUUCUGGGUAAUUAUUAGAAAUUUGAUUCUUGAUAUGUUCGUUCUUCGUCAAGAGAGGAUAAAGGGGACAGAGAAGGCAUCCCCCAUACACACCCUAUUCCAUAGGUAAUUCGUCUCGAGUUAUUUUUAAGACCACAGAUCCCAAGGGGGAUUAGACAACAGCCAAUCACUUAGCGUGAAUGUGUUCUGCGUGGAUGACCCAGGCUCAGAGCCACGCGUCCUUCACGAAUUGACGCUGAAAAAAAUGGCGGAAGACGCGGAGUCAGCGAAAUGGAAAUUAAAAAGAAUGGCCCUUCCUCUCUUGUAUGGAGCUAACAGUACAGCAGCGAAAUCCUUAACACACUGAAUAUUCUCUCAGGAUCAUUUAUAAUUUACGGUUUGAAGAGAGCAAUUUCUGGUUUGAUAUUUAUUCUUUUAUUAGUCUUCUAUUUUUCAACAAAAAUAACACUUGGCGUCCUACUUGCUUUAUUGUACAAACGACCGGUUUCAAUAGACCGGCGAAAUUUCUCAUUUUAUUAAAGCACUGAGGUUACGACAACUUCGAGUUAAACUGAUUUCACGGGUUGUCAAAGAGUCCAGCGAUUCCCUUUUCCCAGGUGAGCGCCGACUCAUUUCGCUUCAAUAUUCAGAAAUGCUCUCGAUCUCUUUACGCUUUCAUUUCCUUUCGCCCGACAUGUUUUGCACGACGUUUAGUCAUGCGAAACCUCCACGAAACAUCCACGCAGCGCGCGAGGUAACUUUAUCCCGAUUCUAAAAAUAACUCGAGACGAAUUACCUAUGGAAUAGGGUGUGUAUAGGGGAUGCCUUCUCUGGCCCCUUUAUCCUCUCUUGUUCUUCGUAUAAUACAUCCGUUUUGGAUGGGCAAUUUGGAGGUUUAGCGUCAGUUUGUGUUGGUGUUGUUUUGAAAUGCUUUAUAGGACUGCUUUUGCGAUAGUUUUCUAUCACGAAGUUUCUAGGAGACUAUGAAAAGAUAUUUUAGCGGUAAUGCGAUUACCCGUGGGUGCCCCUGUAAGUAAUUAUUGUAAUUCACGUGACGUAUGGUGCAGUAAUCGUGUAAGAGCUGUGUAUGUUUUGGCGGGAUUUUAAAAAUGUGUUUUGUUAACGCCGUGUUUUUCCUGAAGAUUUUGGCGUUACAAAAUUCUCUGCCAUAACAUUCUGUAGUUAAUCCCAUAAAAAAAUCCAUUUAUACGUCUCUCGCAAAACACCACAAAAAAAUAAACUUAACUGAAAAUCACUCAUGGCUUGCAAAGAAGUUAAUGGAAAGGUAAAAAGGGGGGGCGGGGGGGGAAUCGUCUGUAAGCAAGUGAAAAGUCGGAAAAUUUUGUUCUGUGAAACAACCAUGACUAUGGUAUAGCCACGUAUUGUUUUUCCACACGUCGGCAAUACUGAUUAAGAACUGAUUUGUUUUGUUUAUUGAUAAUAGGCAACUUGAUAAUAAUGCUAUCCAAGCCAUAACAGGAAAGCUGUUUGGUGAUUCUGGUUCAUCUGUAGGAAACCUGUAAGUACGAUCUUUUAGUCCAACGAGUGACCAACAUCAAUGUUCUCCUAACGGUAUCAGUACAUAAUCAAGAGAAAAUGUUGUGAUAAUUAAUACAACAUUGAUAUAACAUGAUCACUUAAGGAAGAUGCUUGGAUCUUUUAUCACAUUCUCUCAACUAAUUUUUUUAAAGGAAAUGUAUGAUAUUGUUGACAUCAGUCUGGAGAAUUUGUACGUUAAUAUCGGGACUUGAGGGGUUAUUAUAAGCCGUCACGUGGCUGUUUCUCGUGGAUAAAUAGCAUCUGCUACUUUUACGUGGCUGAGCUCUCUUUAUUGAAAAGUACUAAACUUAAAAAGACUUUCCUGUAUUUUUCGCACCAAGAGCACAAGAAAGUUAUUGGUGGUGGUGGUGGUGGCGACCGUUUAAUAGAGGUUUGAAUGUAAUUUGGUAUUUUAAGCUUAAACAGUCGUUGACUACGUUGACAAAUUUCGCAAGAGAGCCAGGUAUCAACAUUCAUAAAUUGUGUCUUUUUUACCAUUUAUAUAACCUUCAACUUUUCAAGGAUGGUGUUUGUGAUAAAGUUGAUUUGCGUUCAUUGUGUGAGUCUUUUCCUCUUCAUUGACUUGCAUUUGACUUAGUUUAAAUUCAGCCUGUAUACAGCCACUCACUUACCUGAUUAAGGGUGGUUUUUUCUUGAGGGGAGGAGAAGGAAGGAGGAGAAGGGAUUGGGAGCGGCAACAUUGAUGUGUCACGUGUCUUCCGGCAAAGAGAAGAGACUCCCCGGUCUCUGGAGUGGUAUUUUAGAUUGCUGCCCAACUUACUACAUUUUUUUUGCUCUUUUAGAAAUUUUUCAAAUAAUCAAAUACAAUCCAUUCAUGACGAUGCUUUAAGAGGAGUUACUUUGGAUGAAAUGUGAGUAUAAAUUCUUAAGUAAUACUUAAUAAUUAUUGAAUGAAACGGAUAUCCAUCUUCAAAAUCCGUCGAAAUUGACGGAUAAACAGAUGGAUUAAUUCAGACGGAUUCUUCAUCCAAAAUUGAAACCUUUCCAUUUUCAAAUUAAGACGUAUUAUCUGUCUGACCCGAAUUCUCCAACGGAUAACCCGUCUCAGACGGAUAAUACGUGUCUAGUGUGAAAACGGCCAUUGCAGCUUAAGCAUUGGCGGUUAAGUGGCAUGUUGAUCAUAAAUUUAUUCACUAAAUUGUUUCUUUAUAUCUUUUUCAUUGACAGUGAACUGGUAAACAACAAACUGCCUAUAUUUCCUUCAAAACCGUUGGAAGGGAAAUCAUCACUUAUUAGCCUGUGAGUAUUGUGCCUUUUUUACAGUGACUUUGAAAAUUAAGCCAAGCACGGCAGUCCUCGAAACUAGGAAAUUAAUACAUGAACCUUUAAACCAGAGGGAAAAUUGCUUCUCCAAAAAUUUAUCUGAUUUGUAUGUUUCUUUCUUAUACAGUACAAGUAACCUUUAGAUUGGAAUUUGUGUAAGAGAGCGAUUUUUUAAACCAGGUCGUUGCUUCACAUUUUGUCUUGUCGCUCCAUUGUCAUUCCUUAGUUCUCUUUAUGUGCUGGUCAAAAAACAGAAAAGAGUGAAAUAUCUGGUGAAAACAAUGGCUUGAAAUGCCAGUAGCUGGGUGUGUCUUAAUGUCGGUAGUGUGUUAUGUAAACUUAUGAUAGACUGCUUUUUAGUCUUAAAAUUGAGAGAUUUCUUGCAGAAGUGUCGUCGGUCAACUCCAUACUUUCUUUGCACCCAAGUAGCUUUGUCCUUCUGUGAUCUCUUUUUUUGUUGUUGUUGUUAAAUUCUGUAAACAGGUACUUAGGACAAGCUGAAAAGAGAUGGUAGUUUUAAUUUAUUAUUAUGAUGAGGAUAUGAUUAUGAGUAUGAUUAUUUGAUUUUUUUUCAGUAAUCUGACUAAUAACGAAAUUGAAACCAUACAGCUGGGUAGCCUUGAUACUCUCACAGGCCUACAGACCUUGUAAGUGUCAUACGAGUUUUGAAUAUCAAUGCAUCUUAUUGUUAAGUUUUUUUUUAUCAGAAAUUAAAAAAAGAAAUGAUUUUUGGACGUUUUCUUUGUAGAAGACUUCGACAAAAUAACAUAACACUUCUUGGGACCAACUUGUUUCAGCAUCAGACGAACCUGAGAACAUUGUACGUAUUGAUUUUUCUUAAAAUAUGUACGAUUAUGUACCAUAAUUAUGUGGUCGUAUAUAAUGAUGACUGCACAUUAUAAAUUAAAGCAAAAACUAAAUUUAACUCCUCCAUCGUGGAAAUUAAAAUAAGAACAGGGAAAUGCAGAAAGAGUCAUGUUUGUCUUUUCUGAUUCGCUCCUAUGAGUGAAGGGCUAUUUUGCAGGGGCAACCAACGACGGUUUCCUCCUAAAUACAUUGACAACACUUUUUAGCCCAUCUGGAGUACUUAAGAUCUCUAGAAAUGUAUUCUAGUCGGAGCUAAAAAAAAUCUGUAUCUUCGAAAUUACGAGGGCUUCAUUAUUAUGUCCCGAAAAUUUUAGAUGCAAUUUAACGAAAUUGAAAAAAAUUUAAAUUCUUCUGUUUUCCUCUCCAUCAUAUUUUUGAAUCCGAAAAUUUUAAGUUUCCUUUUUUCUACGAAAAAAGCCAAACCUGGGGUUGAAAUGUGAAAAAAUUAAACUUCAGGAAACCGUAGGGAAUUUAUCACAUAAGCUUCGAAAGUUGUACAUGAAUGGAACAUCACCGAGAAAUUUUCAGCCGUCCUCAACUAAUAGAAAUUUCUAGGCAAUAUUUUGCUUCUCUGAACUGGUAUUUUACAGAAAACAGUCCUUAGAUGCCCCUGAUUUUAGAUGACAGUUAACCACAUGGCUCACGCACUUGACGAUAACUAUUUUGCACUAGACCGUUCUCUACUGUCGUCGUACGUAGUCAACUGAAAUCAAAUUAAUAACAGGAUAAGAUACAAUUCAUUAUAAAUCUUAGUUGAAGCGACAAAAAAAUUGAGACAAUUUGUGUCCCUUGAGCGCUUUACGAUCCCUUUGCCUCGCUAGCCUAGUUUGUAUCUUGCCGACUUCAAAAUGUCGUUACAACGUACUUAUUGACGGAGUGGGUGGGCCGCACGGAAAAAUAUUUGGUUCGAGGCUGUACGUCCUGACCGAGAGCCAAAUAUUUCCCGUCUGGUCCGACCUAACUCAGUCAAUAAGCAUUUUAUCAUACAACCGUUGUGUUUUUCAAUUUUUCUGACGGAGCGAAAACGCCUUUAUGGCAGCAUUUGCCUCGUUUCGCGCGUAUUUUUCUAGAAGGGUCGUACGCGUUUCUCCGGCCCUUUCACUUGACGCCUACGGCCCACAUAUGGGACUAUUUUUUCACAUGGUUUUCCACCGAAAUUGCGUACGGGGCCGUAUAGGUCAUAUGAUAAAUAAGAGAAUCGUUCUUUUAAAAUCACAGUCACUUGACCUAGGCAUACUCACUGUUAUAAUAUUCAAAAAAUGAACAGAACUUUGAUUGAACAUUACUUUAUAUUUUAUUUUUCACGUUAUUAUUUUCUUUAUAGGAACUUAAAACAGAACCUUAUUGCAGAGGUUCAGAAUGGAGCAUUUAAUAAUUUAGCAAGCAUCCAAGAAAUGUAUGUAACAUUUACUUAAAAAUGUUCCUUAGUUGGCCAUAUAAUCCUAGAAGAAUGCAGGACGUUUGCCGAAGUUCGUCCGUGAUAACAUUAGAGAGCAGCUUAGGCAACAACGACGGCGACGGCUACGAAAACAACACUUAAAAGUUGAAGUCGCGCUGUUGCAAAUUUUAUGGCGCUUAUUCCAUCUUGUUCAAUUCGUCAAACGUUAGCAGUUUUUUCUUGAGUUGAAUUCUAAAAGACUGUAUCGAAGUUCAAGAAAAGAAAAAGAAAGUCAUUGUCGUGUGUUCAUGUCCUUCACAAAACAUAAAAUUAGGCACUUUCUAGUGGUAGUUGUGCAGUGACGGCAAAGAAGUGUACAAAAGGGCGUGUUGCACAUGCAAACGGAGGCCUGUAUUGUUUUGCUAAUCUAAACCUAUCGCUCUUUUGCCUUUCUCUUUGACGUCGCCGCCGUCAUUGCUUAGGCUCCCAAUUAUAACUUUAAAUACGGGGAGACCGCUUCUUAUCCCCAACAAAGUUCUAUGCCAUCGAAUAGAACGAUGAUACCAUUGCAACAAGUAAAUUUGCGCCUCAGGAAAAACGGACGCCAUUCUCGAUUGUGUACCCCCUAAGAACGUUAGGAAACAGUAUGUCGACAAGAAAACCUACGUGGUAAACAUUUGCACUUGCCCUUGUACCCACUUUAACUGAGCGGUAAGAUAACCCGCCCGUUUUUGGCGGAUAUGGGUUCGCUUUAACUCGCUCGUAACAUGGUGGUAUUUCAGCUUUUUCCAGAUCAACCCUUUUACCCCCUAAAGCGCCAAACGUGAAAAUUUGCCGACAAAAUUUCCAAAUUUCAUGCUGUAAAAUGGUGAAACAAUUAGCACCUUGUGAAGGUGCUGGGCAAGAGGUUCCUAUUUGAAUGGUCACACCGCAAGAUUUCACAGGUUUAGGGUCGUCCAAUUCAAGACAGUUUACAACUCUCACCUUGCGAGUACUGUCCGUUGUACUGUAUCGCAUGUUUCUAAUUUUGUUUCUAACAUUUAUCAAUGAAUUUCAUCUUUUGUACAGCUAUUUACAUGAUAAUCAGAUUGUUUUCCUGCCAACAUUUUCGUCUCUGAAUACACUAACUACUCUGUAAGUAUUUCAUAUUUUUUAAAAAAAUUGGUUUUCGUCAUUCAAUUGUUCUAUUAUGUUUGUGUUGUGGUUCAAUUUUAUCCUUGGUUCAAUUUUUAUUUUCUUUUGUUUGAAACUCAUUAUCAUACAUUACCAUACCCAAAGACAAAGGGAAAGAAAAAUUAAACCAAGGAUAAAAUUGAACCGCAACAUUUGUGAUGAAUUCCUGGUGUCUUUUGUUUUUAAUUUAUUUUAUGUUUUUUAAAUGCGUAUUGUGUAUCGCGGUAACAACAGAUGUGACAAAUAUUGUAGUUUACUUUGAGUUGCCAUAGACCUUUAGAUUCUAAGACGAGGACGACUACGAGAACGAGAUUUUCUCAAUACUAAGUAGUGCGCUUGCGUGGACCAGCGUCAUUCUGGCGGGAAAACAUGAUAGCCGUCGUCAUUUUGCUACGAGAUUUUGCUAGAAUGUCGUUGUGACGGAAACAAGUUAUCAGUUGUUAGAAGUUUUCUCAUUUAGCAAUCGGGUGUGGGCUUAACCUUUAAUAGUAUCAAAUAUUGCUAUGCUGGAAUUUCCCCGGCUGCAGGAGACAGUAUUCACAGCAUUUCACUGAUUUUAGGGUUUAGUCACUCACAAAAGGUUAACAAGGCUUACACGGUUCUUUUCCAACGUGAUCGCAUCCGUCUCUUUUCUUGGUUACAUCGGAAUCUAUAUCCUAAUAUUUCACGGCUGUAAGCUGAUCUUAGAUCUAUUACACAAUCAAAUGCGCGCCCCAGUUCCGGACAUUGCUAACUUCUCUGGUAAAGAAAGUAAAGUAAAGCCCUCUGCUAACGUCAGUGUCUUUUUCAACAUUUUGUUAGAAAUCUGAGGAAUAACAAGAUAGAAAACAUUGGUCAAGAUUGCUUCGGUGGGCUUACAAGCCUGAGUUCAUUGUAAGUAACAAUGAAUGUUUCUUAUACCAAUCCAGACCUAGAAUAGAACGUCUAGCUAUAACCUCAAAGGUGAUGGUAGUUAUAUUUCAUGUAGGCUCAAAUAAAAUUGUUACCCACCAGGAGUCUUGUGUAUCUAUAGCGUGGAUAUUACAGUACACAGACUCACAAAUAUACGAGGAGGCAAAUCUCAAUUACCACCUCAGGUUUAGCCUGUGAACAGGCUCCCAAGUGGAGAAAAUCGGCAAGCGAAGCGAGCCGUACGUGGUCUGGAGAAAAAAAGGCGGAUUAGCCUUGUAGACUUUGUUUUGAUGCCGCCCAUCCGCCCACUUGCAAUAAUCAUGUAACACAUGUGUCAAUAACAUGACAGUAAAUUAAUAAGAUCUGUCAAAUUAUGAUGCUUUUUAUGCUUGAAUGCAUCAGCUUUAAUAACAUUCGCGCGCACGCCUGGGUGCUCUGGGUCAACAGUCAGCGAUCUAACCGAUCAGAUCAUGAUACCAGAAUCUGAUAUCAUGGUUGGGUGGCAUCAAAACAAAGUCUACAGGCUCCCCCCCCCCCCCCCCUUUUUUUUUUUUUUUUCCCCCCCCCCCCCUUGGGUUUUCCCCCCCCCCUCCCCCGCGCCCUUUUUUUUUUUCCCCCCUUUUGGGGCCCUCCCCCCGGGUCCUUUCCGCCCUCUUUUGGCCUUUUUCGGAGGCUUUUUUUUUUUUUUUUUUGGGUGAAAAAAAUCACCAAAAAAAAAAAAAAAAAAAAAAAAAAACAAAACAAAUAAAAAAACAAAAAAAACUAAAAAUCCCCCCCCCCCCCCCUUUUUUUUUUUUUGUCGCCCAGCCCACGUUCGAGUUCAGCUCCUCGCUUCGCCCGGCGAUUUUCUUUUUCGCCCCGUUCUGGGAGCCUGUCCGCAGGCUACUUCAGGCUGCUUUGUGGCCUUAGCGUAAGCCUGUAUCUAUUAUAUAUCGAGUGAAAAUAAUCGCUCAAAACAAAAAAACAAAAUAUUAAAAACACAAGCUUUAAAAAACUUCAAAAGACUUCAAAUGUUCAUAAACUUCUGUCUCAAAGUUGGCCAUAGGGCUAAUUUGUAACAUUCAAAGUCCACAUGAAGACAACUUAUCGUCCUAUGGAAGCUACAAAAUCAUAACAUUGAAAGCUCUGGGCACAAUUGCACGCUCUUCGCACUUCGUUUAGGAACGAUCGAUCUACGACAAUUGUCGUUUUGAUAUCGGGCACUUUCGUGCGAGCCGAAUAAUUACGAAGUGCGUCUACAUCUGAGUGAUGCAUUUGCAUAACGCAGUGCCCCACAAUAACUCGUUCCUUUCGCUACGCGUAAUCCACGAGUUAAAAAUGUGCUUAUCGCAAUCAAAAGCGCCCUGAAUGUUCUUAUUACUGUUCACUCAGAUCUUUGCUUUAUUUUGUAGGGAUUUCAGUGGCACCAAUAUAUUAGCUUGUGACUGUAAUGUAUACAAUUCUCUGGUAUCUGUUAUCAAUGCUCUGUCAUCGAGCAGUGCUGCAGUAUGUGCUUCCCCUCCGCGAGUUGCCUCAGUGCAGUUUUAUCCAGGAGGAUCUUAUGAAAAUCAUCCUGUUCAAGAUUUUACAUGCUGUAUGUAUCUGCAUUGUCACGUCUACGCAGUUAAACCUCCCCUUUUGGACACUCUAUUGCGGACACCUCUUCGGAUCAACUCCUUUUUAUUACGGACACUCUCUAUUACAAAUACUCUUUAUUGCAGACGCCUCUCUGAUAGGGGCACCUCUCCAUUACGGACAUCUCUCCUUUUUGGACACUUCUUUAUUACGGACACCUCUCUACUGCAAACACUCUCUAUUACAGACACCCAUCUAGUAUGGUCUUUAUUAUGGACAUUUUCAAUUACGGACACCUGUCUUAUGUGAAACCCUCUCUGUUACGGACUCGUUUAUGAAAACCUCUUUAUUACGGACACCUCUCUACUGCAAGUACCCAUGAAUUGCAGACACCUCUGGUGUGGACAUGUCUUUAUUACGGACACCUCUCAGUCUCUACUGCAAACACCCAUUAAUUGCAGACAUCUCUGGUAUGGAGAUGUCUUUAUUAUAAACACCUCUCAUAUAUACCUUUCUAUUACGGAUUCUAUUAUGGACACCUUUGUAGUACAGACAUCUCCUUAUUAGAGACAGCUCUAUCAUUCCCUAAUUUCAAACCGAGGAGGGCUGGGUUUGAGCCAGUGUAUUAUCGGACACCAGACACGUACGGUCAGAAAGAGCACAUAGAGGAUAGGAAAAUUCUCAAAGUUGGGGUUAUAAUCGAGCCAAUAUUUGACAAGAUGCAGCUAUUUAAAAACUAAAAAAUUUACAAAGAAAUGUAUGGAUUUCCGGACACCACACCGUCCUCCGGACGUCCAUACAUUUCUCAGUAAAUUUUGGAGUUUUUGAAUGGCUCUAUCUCGUUCAAUAUCGGCCCGAUAAACCGUAAACUUGGGGAUUUUGUAAAUCUCGGUUUCCUCCUUCCGGGUCUCGUGUUGUUUAUCCCAUAAGAAAUGGGUUUGUUGCCAGCCCUCUCGGUUUGAACUCCCUCGUGUAGACUCCUCUUUGUUACGCACGCGUCUUUGACUUGGACACCUCACAGAGACCUGUCUUUUUGCAGGCACACUAUUACACCUCUGUGUUAGAACACCUCUUUGUUACGGACACUGUCUAUCGAAGACAGCUGUCUGGGUACGGACACCUCUUCAUAACGGACAGCCAAAGAUGCCAAACUUCAUACCAUCAAGUAGACUGCGAGCAGUCUCAGAUUUAGUGAGGGUAGUGCAAGCGCGCGCGAGCGUCGAGACGUGGGAAACGAAUGCCUCUCUCGUCUCGCCCCUUCAGUCACGCGCUUGGUCAUUUUCGUGACUCGCGUGUUUUUGCUCAACAGACUAAGAGGAAAGAGAGACUUCGUGGUCUAAAAAUCAAGCACCCUGUAUAAUACGGCCACCUGUGUUAAGCGGGCACUUGGCUCUUUCCCUUUGGUGUCCGAAUUAAGAAGGUUUGACUCUUUCUAGGAAAUUGUCCCUAAAGAUAAAGUUGACUCUUUCAGCUCUCCUACAAUAUUUUCUCUGCUUUUUUACUAGCCAGUCAGGUGUAUGUAUUUUUUUUUGCUCUGUCCUGUUAGCACCAAUAAAUAUCAACGCGUCAACCCCUGGGGAUUUUCAACUCCGAGUGUCAUGGAACCGAGCUGCAUCGCUUUACCCAUCUUAUGUGCUCGAUGCAAAUCAAACAUUAGUGGACACCUGGAAUAUUACAAAUGUAUGUCUCCUUUCUUCUUAAUUUUAUAGAGUUUUACAAGAAGGAAAUAAGCGUGUACUUUAUAUAGGUUAAUCCUAAUGCAGCUGAGGUCUUCCGACAUUGUUUCGAGUAUAUUUGUCCUUAUGUGGUCGUUAUUUAUAAUGUAGCUGAUGUUGAUUGCGGCAAGACAAUUUUAAAUGAAGAUAUGAUCGUCACCGUUGUGAUUGAAAUUUGAGCAAUAGACGUUUUUAGCUUGAAUGUUUUGUUUCCCAAUUCAGACCACGUGAUGUUCUCCAGGAAAAUACCUUUUGUCUUAACAUUAACCUGCGUAGCAGGCGCUUGGAAGUAGUGGGUGAAAGAGAGAACGGGCGCGCGCGAGGGAGACACGCGUUCUCGUGCACCCGUUUUUUCUUGUGCCUUUGCCUUUUUCUUGUAUCUUUACAUAAGUUAUGCAUACAUAUGCACGUGGAUGCAAGUACAUAACUAGAUAUUUGAAAAAAACAAUUCUCUUGGUUGAUAACUCUUACAAAAUAGGACUUGUGAAGAGAAAUGCAGGAGCAUUUAUUCAGUUAUAACAGUAGUCAGCACUCCUAUUGUGAUAGCACUGCUGCAAAUUUUUGAAUUUUAAAGUAGAUGCCUUUAUUAACAGCAGACGGAAGGCAUGUAUACGUAUGCACUUGGAUACACGUACGUAAAGAGAUAUUGAAAGAAACAAUUCUUUUGGGUACCAUUACGUGGUCUGAAGUGAGAUAACAAAACAUACAAGCUAAAAAAGGGCUAUUGCAAAUUAGCGCGAAAAAAAUUCGGGGCUUCAAAUGGAAUCGAAUCCAUGAGCUCUGCGUUAGCCCUGCAGUGGUCUCUCAACUGAGCUACGAAGACCACUUUUCAUCUGGCAUUUUAAGACAAGAAGAUCCCGAACAUCCGUUGGGCGUGAUGCGAAAUCCGAAGAUUUGUUUGAGAGCAAAAAAGAAAUGUAAAUUCUGAAACAGUCUAUUUUCAUUCAAAAUCCGUUGUAUUGCAAAAUGAUUUUUUUUCUGUUUCGGCGGAUAGCUUUUGAAUAUCAUACCGGAAAUCGGCCAUUUUAAGGUUGCAUGUGACACUGUGUCGGUGGUGUCGAAUUGCAUUAUGGGACUCUAUCUCUUUUUUAGUAAUUGCAGUUGUAUGGGAAACUGGGACCAAAUUCGUCUCCCAAAAUAUUCCCAUUGUACAGUUCGAGUUUCAUGGGCAACCUGUGGGAAGAUCGCUGAUCAUUUAUCAGAUAAAAACAUCACUGCGAUCCAGUUUGCGAUAGCACUGGCUGAGAAACCAGCUUUUUUAAAGGCUGGUUUCCACGUGAUCGUUUGCUGGACUAUUUCCAGCUAUCUUGGCGAACAUAUGGACACCAGACGUACAUUACACCACCAUUUUCUUGCUAGAUUGAUCUACAGAGAGUCCAAAAAUCCAAAUCAACAAAAAUUCCCUAAUUCACGUUUGUAAAAUUCUCAAAUUGAAACAGUACCUUGUCGACAAUUGACUCUAUUUCAGUAUUUAUGACGUGAUUUGUACUCACAGGUUACAUCAGUGUUCUUCAAUGUCACGUGUAUCAGUGUUGAUGCUCCAUCUCUCAGUGGUUCAACCCAAGAUGAGUUUAUUCUGUUCACACAAGCUGACGGUGUCAGGGCCGGAAUUGACUACACGUGUCACGUGACUAUGACGGUUACUGCCUACAAUGGGACAACAUUACCGGACGAUCCCGCGGGACAAGGGUUCAUCGAAACUCAGACCACCCCUAUAAGUGAAAAAGUUAGCAUCACCACGCUGGAGGAGAAGGGUAAGAUUUGUUGUAGAUUCAACAUUUGACCGUCGUAAAGCAUAACGUCCAUAUUCGCACAUAUGCUAGUGCGUACAGCUGAAAUCUGGAAAAAAUAUAUUUUUUUGUAUUUCCUGAAACCACUUGAUAAUUUUUCAGUAUUAUAUUUUUUUGCGGGACGUCAACGGGAUUCGAACCCGUGGCCUCUGCGUUGGCCCUGCAGUGCUCUACCAACUGAGCUAUGAAGACCCAUACACCUGGCCGCAGGCCAAUUUGGUGAGUUCAUCUUAAUUUCAUCUUAUGUUGGUUUCUUUGUAUUAGUAUUCCCUUUAUUCUUGUAUUAUUGCACAAACGGACUACAAGAAACGUUAUAGUUUCGUGAAAACGAAAAUAUGUUCCCUUCCCUGCUCUGGUACUACUAAGUUUGAAAAGAAAGGUAAACGAAGUUAAUUGUGGUACGCAGAGUAGAAUGAUACGAUUGUGAGAAUGAUGUAUUUAAAACAAUAAUAUGCAGGACUGUUUAAAGAAACACAAUGACCUUGCCCAUAGUAGUUUUAGUAAUUAAAAGUGUAGUUUGGUAGUUGCAGAGGAUAAUGACUCUCUUGCUAAUAACUAUGCCUUUUACGUAUUUAUAUUUUCAUAGCUGUCACUAACACGACGCUAAACAGUUCGAACUACUAUCUGGAUAUUACUUAUUACGAUUUUCAGUAAGUUACAGUACAACCUGACUUCAUUUGUGUUGCAACGUGUAAUACAUUAUUCAAUUUUCUCAUGGUUCAGUCAUGGCUCGUACAACCUUGAAAAGGUCUUGAAAAGUCCUUUAAUUCGGUUUACGUCCUUGAAAUGUACUUGAUUUCUUUAUUUUUCUUGAAAAGUCCUUGAAAUUCACAACCUUGUCUACGCCAGACAACUUUUUCGAGAAAAAACCAGAUUAUUUUGCCGAGGAAAAUUUGGCUCACCCUCGGUGUAAGAACCUGCAACACUCACGGGUAACGUAAAAACAUUUUUGCGCAUGAAAAAUGUUUUGUUUCUGUUUAUUUAUUUCAAAUGCAAUUUCUGUGCCUCAGAUGCAAUUGCAGUCAUUUGGCCUAGUCUUGUUGCGGAAAGUAGUAUAAAAUAAUGUGCUCAAUGAUGGUCGAAAAACUAAAAAUCGUAAAUGACUCCAUGACGUGUUUUAGCCAAUAGGAUGAUCAAAGGGGAUUAAAGAACGCCGAUUUAUUAAAUAAAUCUUAGUCCUUGAAAACUGUAAUUUGUCCUUGAAAAAUCCUUGAAAAGUCCUUAAAAUUGGUUUGUCUGAAGUUGUACGAACCAUGUUCAGUGUUUCCAUCCUUCAUGUAAGGUUAAACGUAAAGAAGCAUCCUACUUAAUGCCAUCAAUUGGUGCAACAUUCUAAUGCGCAUUUAGUUUUUCUGUAUUGAUUAAUUAUCCAGAUUUUGUGUGACACAUCAUUGUAAUGGCGUAACAUAUCACCAUAAAAUCCCGCUUUCUCGAUAGAGAAAGAGAUAGAGAUUUAUCCAUUAGAUAGCGUUAUCCAUUCUUUGAACAACUGGACUAGGAUAUUACAAAACUCGGGAUUCUAUUGUAGUUCAAAACAUGUCAAAAGGCUGAAGAUAACCUAUUCAAUCUUUAGCGCCCGUUUAAGGCAUUCCCAGGGCGAAAGCUGUCCUUCCUUUUUGCAGGUUUUCGGACAUUGAUUUCACUGGGCUUGGCGCAUUCAGUAACACAACCUACUCGAACCCUCAGUACAUUCUCAGUCCUUAUGGCAGCUGGCUAGCCAUCUCAAACUCAUCCACAACCGACAGCUUCUCGCAAUGGUUUAGAAGUGAUUCUUUAAGAAACCGGCAUUACCAGGAGAAACUUGAAUUACAAAAGCAGUUGGAGACAGAUUCGAAUGGUAAUACGGUAUUUCGGCAUUACAAUGACAAGUUUUUUCCAGUUGAUGGCCGUGGAUUUGGAGCCCAGGGUCAGAGAGACUGCAAUACUAAUGCACUCCGGAAUUAUGGGUAGGUUUAUUAACAUCGCGCACAUGUUACAAAUUCACGAAAGUUGGUUAUCCAUUUACUUGGGCAAACCGCUGUUCAUGGUAAACGAACCUCAGCAAUGGUAAAUACCGUGCAGAAAUCGCCUUUACCAUUUUUACAAAUCAGAUUUUAUUGACCUGAAAAAGGCUGUGAAAGUAUGAAACUGGUACCAAAGGUAGGCUUUAAGAAGUGGAGCACGAAUUUCCGUUUUGAACAUUCCAACUGGAAAAAUGAAAGAUUCACUCCCGGAAGUUUUUCACUGGAGCGACCCGGAAAGUCUUGUUCCGUUUACUUUUCAACUGGAUUUUGACGAAACGUUUUGUAAGUGGAAGACACCCGAAGAACGAAAACAAUCGCGGGAUUAUUUAAGUGACCUGGAUGUAGUGCCGUGUAAUUUCAGUUACAACGCUAAGUGUACAUACGGGUGUGUCAAUCUAGAUAUGCAUGUAUUAACUUUUUCAAUUGCUACUCAACCAACACGUCAAGGAAACUGGCCAUAAAUCUACCUCACCAGGGGUACCAGGCGACUUUGAUCGGUAGGGGAAAAAUUCCGUCUCUUUUGUUAAAAUCGGAUCCUCUUAUUUGUGUUUUUAGAUUCACUGCUGCUGUGCGGACAACAUUUAACUUUAAUGGCACGGAGAUGUUUGCGUUCUCUGGUGGUGAAGAGCUGUGGGUCUAUAUUGACAAGAAACUUGUGGUGCAAAUAUUUACUGAUCCAACGAGCGCUAAUUCUCCGUGUCGUACCGUUAGUUUAGCUGGUGCUGGUAAGUUCUAUUCCAGCCUGCAGUGAUUGCAGUGCGGCAUGCAUGCAUUGCCGUGCUGCAUACGUAUGCAUUGCAUUGAGUCAAAACCGUGGGGUUUUUUUCGCGAAAGUUUUGUCCUUUUCGCAAGGCUAAAAAAAGUCCGUUUAAAAAUGUGGUUUAGUUUGUUUCGUUCAAACAAUUUUUUUUAAAAUUUUAUUUCCUCCAACAGAAAACAUUUUUAUCGCCUAAAUAAGCCUUUUUUAUGCUCAAUUAUACCUCCUUAACUGAGAACGCUGCAACUUCACAUAUUUCAUUGCAAAAUGUAUGACACGUAGCGUAUCUAAUUAUCAGAUAACUGCUUUUUAUGGUCCGUCAAUAAUAUUCUCCGUGUUUCGUGGUUUUUUUUUUAAUGACAUACUUAGAACUGGCCGAGUACACCGCGACAAAAUUACCUAAGAGAUUCCUUAGUUCCGUUUGUAUUUAUUGAUUGAAUAGUCGGUGAUUGAUUGGUUCAUUUAUUGAUUGUUGAUGUAUUGAUAUAUUGAUUGAAGGAUUAUGAUUGAUUGACUAAACAAUUGUUUGAAUUAUGAGCACUUUGUAGUGAUCAGACACUUGGUACAAAAACGAAGUUACUGGACAAAGUCGAAAGAGCUUUGGUCAAUUAAAGCUGUUAUUUUCGUUUUAAAUCAUGUAGGCUCUUUGUUCCUCUCUUCCUAAAAAGUUUCCUGAUUGCCAGUGGGGCGUUUUUGUGCAACGGGACUGACCAGAUGCAACAAGCCCAUUCAUCAGCUACUCUAUUUAGGCAUUGAUUUUUUUGAUUGAUUAGUCUGUCAGUUGAUCGAUCGAUUAGUUGAUGGAUAGAGUGAUCGAUUUAUGAUGAAUAAAGCAUUUUCUCUAGAUAGCUUCCUGUGUUUGUGACAUCAUUGAACAGUUAUGUUUUUGUUUCCUUCAUAUAGCUGGGGGUGGAUCAAUAGUCCCUGAAGGUGGAACUGUAGUUGGUGGAAAGUGUCAAGUCUCUGGUUCACUACCAUCCGAGACAGUCAGCUUAACUCUGAGGGUAAUAACUUAAUCUCCAUCUUCUUCCCUUUUUUUUGCUAGAUAACAGCUUACGUACCCCCUUUUUUGAAAUUUAAGUUAUAGUUAGCGUAUAUCUAAGGGUAAUAGGCUUCGUUUUCAGCUUUAUUUUAGCUCAUUACUGGACUGAUUCCCGGUCGCAAAAAGUCCCGGAGUUAUGGACAUAAUCGUUAAUGAAAUAUGUACAUUGUCAUAUCCUGGAAAGGUCUUCCAAAUUUUUAUUUGAAAUUGCUUUCGAACCUGCUGCAAAGGUGGAAGACUUUUAGCUUAUCUCCCAAGGUGAAAGCGCCACAUCACAUUGUGGCAGACAGAUUAUUGCGAUAAAAAUGACAAUAAUUUAAAAAACAGUAAGCACGCAUUGGACGAUGGGAAAAGAGAAACGGCGGAAGCCUCCCUUCUUCUCUUUCCUCUUCCCAUUUUUCCCUCUCCCCAGCCUCCCUAUGACAAAAAGAAACCUCUGCGGGGAAGGGAGGUGGGGUGUUACUUUACAGUCCUUUUAUUUUACAAAACAAAGAGUUUAUACGACUUGUUACAGUAUUUGUAUUCUUUUUUAAAAACAUACUCUUCUUAAAUAAACGUCUAUUCAUCUCUUUUGCUCUGUUGCUUUUAAACUAAGUUGUCGUGUGGUCACCUUGAAUGUUUUUGAAAUAUUUUAUACCUCUGAUAUCACUUCUAACAGGGUUGUCAUUAAGAUUUCAAGUUGCCGGGUAAAUACAACAAGUAGGCGGCGAAUCAAACGGCUAGGCAUUUCUUGUGGUUCUAUUUUUCUUCUAUUUUCCAAUAAAAGUAGCUGGGGGCCACUCUCUUUGUAGCCGGGGAAAAUCCCCGGCCCCCGGCUCUUAAUGACAACCCUGAACUUCUACAUUACAUCUUGUUAUUUUUUUUUUUUGCAGAAAAAUGAGCCAUACCAUUUGGAUGUAUUUAUAGCCGAGAGAUACAAAUGCAACUCGCAUAUAUUGUUCCAGGCCAGUGGUGUAUCAUUUUUGACGGAUAACGCCCGUCCUCUUGAUUACGUAGCUGUUGUAAACGAGACUAUCCAUGUUGGAUCCAUCGUUCAGGUAAAUUGAUUAUUCCUGUUCCGAGAUAAUUGAGUUUAGCGGCAGUUUUGUUGAAAGGCUGUAUCGGUCUCUUAAACAGUUAUUUACACGAAAUUAUACUAAGAAACAUAACUGAGUUGAAUAACGGCGUUAAGAUUUUAAUCGGCUUCAACUUCGUAUUUGGAAUUCGAUUAUGCUUGGAUGUGGAUGAGGAUUCCAAGGCUUUGAAUGGCUCACUUCAUUUAGUUGUUGUUUGUUUUGUUUUUGUUUUUUGGUAUCUGUUUGUUUGUUUUUUUCUUGUUGUUGUCUUUUUUUUUUCAGUUGUUUAUGUUACAGGUCAAAAUUGAAUUCAGGUUAAAAUUUCUUAACCUUGGAUGAUUCUUAAUUUUCCUUGUCUCCUAGCCCUAAUUCGUGAAUAUUUAGGACGAAGAGACAAACGUUAAAAAAUUUUAACCUGAAUUUGAUUGUGACCUGUAACAUAUAUAUGUCAUUUUUUUAGUAAGCGUUAUUAUGAUGUUGUAGAGAAAACUUUGUUUGUAGUUACUUGUAUCAAAACAGAGUUGUUUAAAAGCCUUUCAGCUUACACUUUAUGGAAAGUUUGUAAGCUGUUUGUCAUAACUAUUAUUUAGAAACUUCCUGAGGAUUUUGUUAUCGUAUGGUGUAGGUAUUUGAUGUGGCAGAUGCUUUCUCAACUGGGCCUUACUCUGUGGAGAUCCUGGAAGGGAAUCAGGAAGAUCGGUUUGAGGUGGAAAGUGGGUCAUACUCUGCGCCUUCUGCUCCCAGUACUCCUGCCCCACCCACCUUCAUCCUUGAUGGAGAGUCUAUUGUAUUGUGUCCUAAUGACACAAAUGACACUGUGGAUCCAAUACCUACUAUUGCACCAGGUAAACAGCUGCAAUUAUCUGGGAAAAUUCUGCUUAAAAGCAUUGAAUGCUUUAAAAGAACAUCAGUGAAAGGCGCACAUUAUGCAGUUGCGAAAAGCCUGAAAAAUUCAGGAGUCGUAACAUUUUGAUAGAGCACAUAAAGCUGCAUGUGUAACAGAGGGUUACGUGUUUAUUCAUCCGUUAAGAGGCUAUUUAAUAUUCAGCUGGAGACAGUGUUAUUUUAUCGCAUAGCAAAGAGAGAAAACCUUGUCAUCACAUGACGAGGAUACAAGGUAUCUCUCGAUCCUUUCAUUAGUGGCCACGUUCAGCGUGCACGUUACUUGUUAACAUUUAAAAGUCAUGGAAUUUUUUUUCUAAUAAAACCUUUUUGAAGCUUUUCAUUUUCGUUUCCAUUUGUUCUGUUUACAGGUAUUCAAUUAUUUUCCUCUAUAAAUACUACCACAGCUGCUCUUGCCCUUAAAAACCUGUUAGACUAUGAGGCGACAGCAGGAUAUACGUUGUAUAUGAGAAUUAACGACACUGCGAAAGGAUGGACAGGAAACAUUACAAUCAAGGUAAGAAGUCAUUUUUGAUAAAGUUUACAACAGUUUAGAGACACAGGUCUCGAAGUCGUUCAGUGUCUAUAAGUCUUUACUCAAGAAACGGCGAGCGGAGUUGCAGCUUGCUGAAUGAGAAGAGAACAAGUUUGUCAUCAUUAUAGUUAACAGAGUAGCGCCUGUCAAGCGCCUGUCAAGCUCCUGUCUAUACUGUCGUUCUCAACGUUCAACAUAUGGCAGCAUGCAGCAUGUGUUGAUUAGCAGAUGUAUAGCUAUAUGUCAUUGUGUUGUUUUUUUUUUUUUAAAUUUUCACUGAGAAACUUUCGUGCUGAAAAUAAUUGGUUCUGUCUUUCGGAGACAGAGGUAGAGGGAAAAUACAAACCAAACCAAAUCACUCCCCGUCUCAAGUUUCUGUAUAUGGCGCCAGCGUGACUCUUUUUCAUGUUUCAGGCCUUCGUACUCUUUAACUUCCUCUUUAACUCUUAUAAUUGGAACAACAGUAAAUGCAGGCUACUAGUGUCCAGUGGGAAAAACGUUUUUUUUUUUGUGUGUGUGCGCUGUAUUGUUUAUACAGCGAAAAAAGCGUAUUCAAGUUCAUCGAGGUACAUUUUUUUCAGUUACUAAUUAUUUUGAUGUAUCGUAGGUGUUCGUUGAUGAUGAUAACGAUAACUGCCCGUACCUGCAAGAUGUGAACAUCGCCCUUGACCUGGAGCCCAUUCCACCCCUCCAAACUGCAGCGUUUUUCACUGCUUAUGCCACUGACAAAGACAGUGGUGUGAAUGGGCAGAUCCGAUACCAGGCAAGCAGCCCGGUAGAGAGAAUGUGAGUACAUUUUCAGAGAAUUAAGGUAUUUAAUUGAGUAAGCGCCGCAGUGCUUAUUCGAGGGCGGCAUUGAUUUGAAAGUUGGACGCGAUUGUUUUCCGUAUUAACCUAACAGGAUUAACGUCUUUCUGAUUAUAUAUGGGCCGUGGCGCUCAUUACCUUUUUCUGUCAAAUGUGGCGCUUAUAGGAGGGCGGCGCUCAUUCGAGUAAAUACGAUAUGUCUCUUUAUUUUUCUUUCAAGUAAUCGGCUGCUCUACUUCCAGUGUCUACGUAUCCCCCAUGUAAGGUAAUCCAGAUUCCGGAAUUCCUGGCAUGUUUGCUUGUUGAAUCCAGAAUCAUGGGCCUUGGAAUCCAGAAUCUUGGGCCUUGCAAUCCAGAAUCCCGCGAAAGAUUUAAACCCAGAAUCCAAGUUUCACCGACAAGGAAUCCGGAAUCCAUUACCUUUCCAUUCCAUUCUGGAAUCCAGAACGUUGAAUCCAGAGGGAGGGGGAAAUGGGUACAAGCUCUCGGCCCAACGAUUUCCGGGAAAUUUCCGGGAUCGUUUGGAUGGACUAGCGUUACUUGUGAUUGGUUAAUUUUUGCCUUGAGUACCAUCGACUAAUCAUAACUAUUGCUUGUCCACCCAAACGAUCCCAGCAGUGGUUGCGCCGAAAGCUUGUACCCAUUUCCCUUAUAGUUUCUGGAGUGGGGAAUUGCGUUCCAGCUCAGCCGACCCGACUGAUUGCCCCUGGGUCUCCAAUGCACUAUACCGGAUGGCUUUUCAAUACGUGACUCUCCACUUUAGAGAUCAGCGCGGCGCACGUUUGCUCCGUCACAGAAAUCGCGCCGAAAUCACCGUUGUUAUGUGUAAACAGAAGCCCUAUCGGUAUAUCGUGGACAUAGCCAUAUUUUCAAUAUUUUCGAACUCACGCCUACCUUAAAACAAGGGCUGGGAACAACUCGAAAAUGGUCUGUUGUGGUUUUAUUUUUUGUCGUUUACUUUUUCAACAGUCCAACGAUAAAUUCCAGAAAGUUCUAUGUCCAGAAUGGCAGUGAGGUAGUUUGGAGUAACAAAACUGUCAAGUGGACGUACAAGUACCUGAUCUUUGCUGUGGAUGGUGGUUCACCUAAGCGCGGUGACAGCAUUUCUGUUACUAUCACUUUUGAUGUGUCAUGUGAAAGCACUGGAGCCAUCGUAGCUGAUGCGGUCACUGGAGAUGUUUUUUUUAGGGCUCCAGGACUCACUGGUUCCAUUUACCGUAAGACACUUGUAUCCUAUAAUAUAUAGUUACCCAUUAUUUGACGAUUCCUUUACUCUGAAUUCAACAUUCUGUCAUUUUAUUUUAUUGUCACCCGCUUGUCACAAACAUUUUCGCUAAACUUAUCCUUAUAGUGUUUUAUACAUUGAAAAAUGAUCACGAAGAUAAUAUCGCCUUGCUUUUUAUACGAUUAGUGGGUUGCCGAUUUAUCGAUUAUAAUCGAUCUUCGAUCAAAGACCUAAGAUUAUUAUAAAAAAUAUUCCAUCGAUUAUCACGGAUUAUUAUUAACUUAACAUUUGUGUGCUGUCUUCAGUGUCGUUUUAUAAGCCUUCUCUAAUGGGUGUGGAAACGUGUUUUGCCGAGCGGUUAACAUCUCGAACUCUGGAUCUGAAGGUCCGGGGUUGAAGCCUCGCCCGUCGGGUUGUUUCAGUAGACAAGGAACUUUACUCCACUUUGCCUCUCUUCACCCAGGUGUAUAAAUGGGUACCGGCGACAUACUGCUUGGGGGCAACCCUGCGAUGGACUAGCAUCCCGUCUGAGGGGGAGUAGCAAUACUCCAAGGCGUGCUUCGUGCUACGGAAAUCGGUAUAAGCUCCGACCGUUUGGGCCUUUGGCUCGUGUGCGCCUUUACCUUUUACCCUCUAAUGGGUGGCGUCGUCAGGUCAAGGCGUUUUGUGUCCUUAACAUUUAAUUUCGUUUAUUAUGUGAAAACUAACCUUUUGUUUAUUUUGCUUUGACUUGCACUCUGGUGAAAAAUCAUUGGAAUUCUUUGAAAUAUUAUUUGCUGGUUAUAAUCGAUGAAUCGAUCCGACUAUUUCUAAUAAUCGAUUUUAAAAUCUCAGCCAAUUCCAGUCCCAACGCUAGUUUUGAUACAUUUUUUCUGACAUUUUGCUUUUGUCAGCGUUAAAUUCCACCACGAAACCGAGAUGUCGCGGAUGUAGAACGGGAUUUUUUUGUCCCGGCGAUGGUACAGAGAAGCCAUGCGGAGAAGGUUCAUCUACUGAAUUCUCUUUUGGAGCAGCUGCAAACUGUUCAGCUUGUCCCGAGGGAUGGGUAGGUGAAGUUAUUUUUUGUGUUAUAGGAGAAUUGUUUUGAAUACAAAACGUAUGGUGGAGUUUCGCUCACAAGAACCAAGAACGCCAGAGCCAAAAUGAAAACAAAAAAAUGUACAACAAACACAACAACAUGAAUGUUUACACGUUUCUUGUAAUGCUAAGAUUAAUGUUUAAUUGAAUUCGUAAUUUCAGCGUACAGUUUCACAGAAACGUUUUAUUGCUAUUAUUAUACAUUGUAGUCACCAUCUGUCUUCUCAUUGGCUAAAAACCUACAGUUAAUUCUGGGAAACAGCGCAACCUACAGAUUAUUCACUAAUCUGUACCUACAGAUUAGUGAAUAAUCUGUAGGUUGUAGCAAUGUCAAGUUCGCGGACAGCGAAGUAAGAAUGGCUUUUCGAUUCGCUUCAUCGACCCAGCAAGAAAUUGAGAAAUUACUUGAAGAUAAAGUAUAAUAAAACAAUUAUUAGAUUCGGUUUUUGUGAUAUCCGGAAUAAUCAAGGUCUCGGUUAGUGUUAUCAGCCGAAACCGAACUUACCUCGACCUUGAUUAUUCCGGAUAUCACAAAAACCUCAUCCAAUAAUUGUUUAGAAUUGUGUACGUUCACCGAUGCGAAGUUUCCUCGACCUUGCUUAUUUUUCUUUUUCUCCUUCUUUAGCUCUGUAAGAAUGGCACUGCGCUACCUUGUCCAGAGAGUACAUAUGUUAAGUGCAAUGAAACGGUUGGUAUUGACGUUUGUGCUGGAAUAGCUACUUAGCAGUUAGACUCUGUACCAGACGUUGGUUAUCAUUCUUUGAACAACAAAUUGCGUUAUGUCGUGAUAUGUUUACAAACUCUCCCGUCAGCGCCAACUUCUUUCUCACUGGGAACCAUCAAAUUGACUGUAAUCAGUUUGCCAUAGAUUUAUCAGAGACUAGAAAGUCUCAAAAAUCCUUAUUCAUUGUAAGCCAUUUUCGUUUCAUUUACAGCCAAGAGCCAUAAUCCCAUUAUGGCUCUUGUUACAGCCUAAUGAUGCCUUUUUCAUACAACCUUCCAACCCUUCUAUAAUACAGGUCUUCCCCGUAUAACUGUUAAGGAAUUUGUGUUAGGUGAUGCGAGGGGAGCCUUACCUCAAGCACAAAAGAAAAAAAAACUCGUUUCAGUUCCACUGCUUCUAUGGGAAAACAUGAGCUUAAUUUUCUGCUGCUAAAAUUUCCAUACGUUUGUGCAUCUGAUUGUAAUUGUUUCAGUGGUGCCCGGAGAAAUGCUUUGACUGCGAGUCUGGUACAGUAUGUUUUGAGGGAAUGCAACAGGAUUGUACGGCAGGACGAUACAGUGACGGAAAAGGUCUGUUGCUGUGUCUAAGAUAUGUUAAUGUAUAUUACGAUAAUUUUCGACGGCUUAGACAGAAGUGGUUCUCUGACUGAGUAAACAGCUCUGUAGAAAGGGUCAGAUUUCAUUUUGAAUUUUUAUUUGUAAUACUAUAAACAUCUUUGACAGCAUAACAAACAAUUCCAAAUUACAUCAAUAGUCACUUUCCAGUCCGCGAGCACGUUCUCCAUUCUCGAUUUUCUCGCGGAACCCCUUCGCUGACCACUCAAAAUGGAGAACUUGCUUGCAGGUUUAGUCAUUUUCCGUAGCGUCCUCUACUUAGGCGAAAAUUACAGUUGUAAAAGCUAGUACCGUUAAGAUCUUAAGCAACGGAUAGCUCUGUUGCUCGAUGUAUACAUGUACGUGCCAUAUUAAAGACAAUUACAAGCGUUGAAGAUAAUUGUCACACUCAAUGACCGUACGAUCUUCAACAUGCAAUCUAUAGGAAACUUCCUGGGUAAUAAGAAAGAUAUUCGCAAUGACACGAGCAUGUGACUUUGUUCUUUCUUGUAGGUUUUCCUUGCAGACUUUGUCCUCCUGGAAGUUUUAAUAAUCAAACUCGUGCAGAGACUUGUGAAUGUUGCCCUAAUGGCUACACAAGCACCUACAUGAAGACAAGCUGUCGACCAUGCCCUGCUAAUGAGUGGGCUCAACAUCAAGCUUUUCCGAAUUGUUCGCUGUGCCAAACCUGUUUUGCACCUGAGGACUGUGAGUAUCGAUGUGUAAGACUGUAAAUGUCACUAGGGACCUACUUGCAACAUCCUCUGUCUUCCAAGCCAAUUGGUUUUGUGUCAAAUUAGUACUAUUGCAAAGUUUCUACUGUUUUUACUCCGUUCUACUACAGCUUUCGUACCUUUUCCUAUCACCCUUCUUUCCUUCUUUUUUUUUUUUUAAUUAAGCCUAGUUGUCUCUCCUUUUUCUUUCUUUUUGUAUUUUUUUUGUCCUUUUUUUUUUACGUUCUCAGUCACUGAUUCCGUGCAGCUUAGCUUUGGUUCUAAUGCAUUCAUUCAUUCAUUCAUUCACUUUCAUUCAUUCAUUUACUGUCCUACAGUCACCUCUCUCUAAGACGGACCGGUGGACCGGCACUGUGUGUGUUGUUUAGGAGUGAUGUUCGUCUUAUAGAGAGUCCAAUAAAGCAAGUAAAGAAUGGCACAGACCAACUGUAGGUGUCCGUUUUACAGAGGUGUUCAUCCUAUAGAGGUGUCCGUUCAGAGCGAUUCGAAUGUAUUUGAAACAGUGUUGACUCAGUGCUCGUAGGGGCUAUAUUCACAUAUUAUUCUAUGGAGGAAAUGCCACUAAAAAUUCAUUCUUAUGUUUUCCACAACACCACACGUUUCUAACCUUACACAUGUUUAUACCGUAGGUCCUUGCCUAACAAAUGGCACCUGUUUCCCUGGUGUUAGUUGUCUAAAUGUUGGUGUUGGUCAGUCUCAAUGUGGCCCAUGUCCGAAAGGUUACGAGGGAGACGGACGCACUUGCAACGACAUUGAUGAGGUAGGAUACGAAAACGAUGUUUGACUAACCAGACAUUCUUAGUUUGCAAGCGCGUGGUAAGGCGGCCAUAUUUGUUUACAAAACAAUACAAUUAUUUCGUAUAUAUUUUCUUGAAGAAAAAAAACAGAGUUUAGUUACCAGCGGAAGGAAACUCUUUUUGUCAACCUGUAGUUGUAGCUGACGAAUAUGUGGUCAGAGUUUAUCGACUUAAAUACUUACCAAUUCACACGUGUCCUUUUAGGUUUUUUAAUGCGCACGGGUUAAUUCGUUUACCGCUGUCCGCAUGGAAACAUAGUUUAUCCCUUUAUGGACCAAUUCACUCUUCGAGACUGUUAAGGACGUGGAUCAGUUAUGUUGGCCGACAAAUGUCUAUUAUAGUUUUGUUUGCCUUUUUGCCAAUGAUUAUGCCCGACGCUCAAAUGCAUUCCAACCAUGUUAGACGAACUCACCAAUAGAAAGGGUCUGUAAGGAUAUGCAGUCACAACGUGUGAACGAAGGAAAAGCUUAUGCACUGUUAGGGAGCUGUCAGCAUAAGAUUCGGCACCGCUGCCUUUUAUUUUUGCCAGCUUUUAUUACCGGUACUAACUAUAAUUUUUUUUGUGGGGGGGGGGGGGGGGGGUUGGAAGAAUACAUAUUUUUUUUUUGUGUUUUUUGUAAUUUCUCGAGGUGGGGCUGCAGUUAAAUAUUACUUUUUUCUUUACCUAGUUUUUUUUUUUUUCUUAUAAAAAAAGUGUGUUAUUUUUUUUUAACCACAACAAACUACUAAAAAGGAAGAAACUCUUUACCAAAGCCCCCGUAAUCUCUAACAACAGAUUUACUAUCACCGCGCAUAUAGAUAACAGAAGCGAAUAGAAGAGCAAGGUAUGGAAAACGGAAGCAGAAGAUAGCAGAUGAGAAGGUAGAAGAUGAAGUGAGUGUGUUUUGAUUUUUGAGGCCGUGCUUUCAGCAACCUGAGGCUCUUUUUUUUUUUGUUUUUCUGUGUUUUUGUGGCUUGUUUUUUUUUUGUUGUGUGUGGGGGGGGGGGGGGGGUUAAACGGACCAGCCUUUUUAAGCGGAUUUUGUCGAGGUUCCCGAGAGUGUCCGCUGAUACAAGUUUAAUUCUGUCACUUUACGGUGGUUCAUGUGUUGCCAUAAAAACAGAUGCGUUUGUAUGCCUUUACCAACCUAAACGUACUACAGUGAAAGCUCUCGUAAACAAACGCCCUCGGGACUCGAAAAAGGUGUUCGUAACCGGAGCUGGCCGCUUAGCAGAAUGUAAAAGUACAGACUUUGUAUGGGAGUUGAAAAAAACGAGGUUUUGUGAAGGCGGCCAUAAGUAGAGCUGUGCGCUUACGAGAGUGUCCGUUAGGAGAGUUUCCACUGUAGUGUGGACAUAAACUUACUCAAGGUAAAAUGGUUAAGAUCAUGUGUGACUGCAUUUCACAGUGCGCACAGGCCAAUCCGUGCUAUGAAGCUGACAAGUGUGAGAACCGUGUUCCUGGGUACCAGUGCGCCGCUUGUCCAGAUGGGUACCGUGGCAAUGCUCCGUCUGGUGUGGGUCUGGACGAUGCCCAAAACUCCAAACAAGAUUGUCAAGAGAUUGAUGAGUGUAAAGAGGGAAACAGUACCUGUGACCCUAAUGCUCAGUGUACCAAUACUAAUGUGAGUUUCUGCUUUUUUUUUGUUUCGCUAUAAGAGUAAUUUUCUUACACAUAUACCGUGAACCUGCAUGAAGUUUUCACUAUCUGUUAGGUUUAGAGAAGAAAGGAUUGUUCUUUUGUGAGAGCACUUACCUCCCACUUUUGCGGCUUGGCUUCAAUCCCACAAUUGACCGCGCCAUUUAAAGUGACUGUGCCACGACUGUCUGGUUCAUUUUGUUAAUAUUUCCAGUAGGCCUUAGUUAGAUUUUCCUCCUUAGUUCAUUAAUUUUUGACGUUUGAAAGGAGGUGGUUCUUUAUUUGCCUCCCUACAGGGAAGUUUCCUUUGUGGAGCGUGUCAUCCGGGUUUCAUCGGUGAUGGUUACACGGGCUGUUAUCCUGGUGACCUUUGUACCAAUGGUUCGCACACCUGUCAUGAGAAUGCACAGUGCACCCAAACCGGCGCCGGAAGAUUUAAGUGCACGGUAAAAAUAUAUUUAUAUAUAUCCGUUUAGGUUGUUUACAGUUAUAAAGCUUCUUUACUCAAUUAUUUUGGGUUUUGGGCCCAAAAGUGCUUUCGUUUUGCAUACCAUGUUCGUCCUACGAUGGUUGACCUUCAUUGUUCCGUUCACUCAGUCUUUUUCUCGUUACUGGCGUAAACUAGCCUGCGUGGCAGGCGUUAAAAGGGAAUGGGAAACAGAGAAUUCGGGCGCGAGAGGCACGCGUGGCGCGCGAGGAAGGGGAAGGGAGAAUCCUCACCAUGCCUGUAUUCACCUUAUCAGGCAGUAACCGGUAAAAUUUACCGUCUGAAGCAACACUUCUUACCGCCUGCAACCGCUUGAAGGUUUACUAAAAUUAAAUAAGUUGUUUUAAAAAGCACGCAAGUUGUGAUCCGAGCCGAUUAAGGUAAUAAAUGAAUAUGUGGAAGUGUACUAAAGUAUACACAGCUUUUCUUUUUAAGGGGCCACGCAUUUUGGAAAGAGAGCAUUGAAGACAUUAUUGGUAUCAAACGUUUUAAAUUGUUGUCUGAAGAUAACAACGGCUGAUUUGCGUAAUAGGGAAUGACGUUUCAGAGAACUUAGCUCCUAAAUUUCACAGCGAGGUCGAAGCCAUGUCCCCUGCACCUCUGGCACAUGUUUUUUGUCUUACUGGCCAUGAAUGGUCUCUUACCUGCUGAGCUAAAACUUAGGGAGAACAUUAGUGAUGCCGCCUUAUGUGUCUUUUGUACUAAUAAAUAUCAAACGUUUAUUAUCCUACUCGACCGCUAUAUUUAUUGCGGAUUUGUUUGUUUACACCUUUUUUGCUUUCCAUAGUAAAACACAACAUUAUUUCUUUUACCUUUCAUGUUACUCCGAUAAGUACUACCAGGCAAAAUGUAGCUGUACGCCUCUGCCUCAUGUUAUUUAUUUUUCCUUUAUAUAUACAUUUUUGGCGAAUUGACGGUUCUUAAUGGAUUCCACUGACAAUACCUCUACCUCUUGUUUCUUUGUAGUGUAAAGAUGGUUAUGGAGGCGACGGAGAAGAGUGCGGAGACGAUUCUGACCUCGACGGCAUUCCAUCCGUUGGUCUCAGCUGUAUCUUACCAAAUUGCUUUAAGGUAGGCAGUAGAAAUGGUUUAAUCGACAUCCAUUUUACUACCUUGCUAGAUUUUGAAGGGGCGACGCAUGCCGACGAUCAGGGUCCCCAGUAGGUUUUUCGGGAUCCGGGAUUUCCCUUUUAUGAAGCUCGGGAUUCGAGAUUUUGAAGCAAAAUUGGCACAUCGGGACGCGAGUCAUCACGAAAAUUUGCAAGGGAUGACGGGAUUGAAGAACCCUAUGUGGGUGGUCAUGUAGCAGAAGCCACCAAUGGUGCGUUUUCCUGACCCCAAACAACACUAAAACAAUUGGAAGAAUGACAUGUCAUUGUUUCCUGCGACCAAUUAGGAGAGACCUUCCGAGCAACUCCUACACUACUGGGGUCCUACAGUACUGUCAGUUUGGGAUCCUCGACGAUUCUCUGUGCGAUAAAAGAGCUAUAUUAAAGAUGACCUAGAUCCAUUUCGGAAAAGAGUUUCAAAUGGUUUGGAAAAUGCGCAGAGACGUUGUUAAAGAGGAUGGCAACAUUUCAUACUUAAAUGUGCCCAAUGUUACUUUCCCGUCGUGUUGAUAAUUCCUGGUAUCUGUCGGUUUGCAGGAUAAUUGUCUGGGUGUACCUAAUACGGGUCAGGAAGAUCAUGAUAAUGACACAGCUGGAGAUGCUUGUGAUGAAGAUGAUGAUAAUGAUUUGAUAUCUGACAAAACGGUGAGAUUAUUGGAUUUACUUGAAUUGCACCUCACUAAACAGUCGCGAAUUAAAAGGCGCGUCAACUGCCUAACACGGCGACCGCAACAAGUGCCUGGCAAGUGGGAGAAUUUCAUUAGCACUGUGGCACCUUAGUCAAAGGUGAAAAUUCCAAAUGAAAAAAGUGCUGCUCAUUAACCGUCAUUUUAGUAUCCCGUCAAGAAAGGUUUGCCCAGGUUUUUAUGUAUAUUAUUUCGCAUUAAGAUUGCAUUCACGGACGCAUAAAUCUAAACUACCUUGUGUUUCGUUAAUAUUAAAAUGAAAUAUAGUAUCACGCAAGGACUUCACUGCGUCGUAGACAGAAAGCAUUGGCAAAUUAAGAUAUCGAACGACGACGGCAGAAAGCCUCCCGUCGUCGUUCGAUAUCUUAAUUUGAAUACAUAUAUAGUCACUUACCCGUUAUUUGAUUAGAGCUCAAAGCAAAGUAUUGUCCCUUAUAUUUUAUUCUUGUCAUGUGUUCCUCUCAAAAAAUUCCAAUUAGAAUAUAAACGAAACCAAGAGAUCAUGAUCUCUUGACGUAACUCAUCGCGAGUUUAAUCCCUCGUUCCUUUGUAGGACAACUGUCACUUUGUAAAAAAUACGGAUCAAUCAGACGUGGAUGGAGAUGGGGUGGGUGACGCAUGUGACAACUGUAACACAACGGCCAACACUGAUCAACUAGACAGUGAUGGAGAUGGCAUAGGAGAUGCCUGUGAGCCUACUGGAGAUGUCGACGAUGACUGUACGUAGCUAAUGCGCACUAAUAAUAUCUUGUGUUUUUGUGUCCAUUACCACAAGAUUAUUUUCUGGCUAAUUUUAUCAUGUUAUUUCCACCUCUGGUCUUGUGUCGGUUGUAUCUCCAAAUUCUUAUAUUACGAAGGCCACGUGACUGCUAGUACAAAGGACCUAUUUGAAGUUACAUUUCUAUAAUCACCUUACACACUUUGUUGUAGGCCUGCCUUUAUAGGAUGACUGGUUCAUGCUAUUCAUUUUCUCUUUUUCUCUUUAUGCAAAACGGAGUCAUACAAUGUAAAAAGUAAGGCUGUGUCACGUUAGGUCGGUUGGGGUCAAUUAAGCCUGAAUUGAAGCUUUGUUUAACGUAGCGAGCAUUCUAUUUUGUAGCAAUCGAUGCUGGAGAUAAAUGCCCUAAAGUGGCUAAUACAGACCAGGCUGAUACAGAUGGUGACAAUGUUGGUGAUGCCUGUGACAACUGCCCUAAGACUCCCAACUCCGGUCAGGUAAGGUCAGAAAUUAACGAACGACAGUUAACCUGUUUGAAAAGACGAAACGCACCAAUGACAUUUAGAGCCUUCAUAACCAUCAUUAACUAACAGACAACCAAUAACAUCGCGACUUAAUUGACUUACCAGGUCUAUAAUAAGAGUUCAUAACAAAUGUAUAUGAAAUAAAUCAUAUAAGAGUUUAAUACAUCAACUGACGUGAUACAACUUACUUUGACUCGGAAGUUGACUUCCACACAGGUGGUCGAAACGUCAGUCGCUGUGAACAGCAGUCCUAUUCAAGACUACACUCACUCGGACGAUCAUAUGCCACUUCCUUAUGUAAUGAUUUGUCGUUGUCGUUGUUGUUGUUGUUCAAAAUAAGAGACCAAGAGUGUCGACAUUGAUUACUUAAGCUCAUUUCUAAUAUGGCGUAUUCACUCACGUGGCCAGCAUCUAUGAAAAUCUAUGGGAACAAAAGAAGGUUGUUACAUAAGAAGAGUCCAACUCCCACAGGAUUUGUUUGGAACAGCAAUAUGGCCACCGUCUCAUUGUUUUGGAACACCAAUAUGGCCGCCUUGACGUCAUGUGAAUACACUCUAUAUGACUACAGGCGUUUUGUGAUGGAUGUCAAGAUAACGCAAGUAGGAAUAGGGUGGAACACCCCGAUCCCCCUCCUCCUUGUUUUGCAGUUUAGAUACAGCUCUUUGCUGUGACAGACUUAACUGAUGUAUUAUUUGUCCUGUAGACUGCUACCUUUGACAGCGGAUACGGCGAUGAUUGUUUCGGACCUGGAAGAGACAAGUGAGUGUUGUAAGAGUAUUCAAAGGAAAUUAGGUAUCAGGGGUAAUAUCUCGUCAUACAUCGUACAUUUGUAGUCCUAACGUUGGUUAGUUCAACGGAGGUUUCGGUUUGACCGACGCUUUUAUCUUAACACCGUUUAUCAUGAGCAGUUUCACGGACGGAUACAGGGUAGUCUAGAGAAACAUUUGUCUCCUUGAAAUAACCUACUUAGGAAGAGAUCUGGAAGUCCAGUGAUUUAAUAACCGUCCCCUAAAGUUCCAGUUUAUUUAUUAUUGAGUCAAUAACUUAACAUAUUUGAAGAGAGACAGUCAUAACACCAGGUACCCUUCAAAGUGUUUACUUGGUGUGAAUGGCGCAUUAGCCAUUCAGGUAAUAACGACCCUUUUUGAGGUGACGGUGAUUUGGUGUUCCUAGGGAUGGUGAUGGUGUUCCAAAUGAUUAUGACAACUGCCCUGAUCUUCCAAAUGGAGAACAAGCAGAUGUUGACAACGAUAACAUAGGUAAGAGGCUAAAGGAAAAACAUGAUGAAAAAUCUGCACUCAGAUGAAAAAUAAACUGAUAACGAUGACGUCUUUCAUUUAGUCAAAUUAAGAACUGUCUUUACUAUGUGGCUGAAUCCGCGAGCGUGCAAGAUUAAGCGAAUCCUGCGUUCUGAUUGGCUACCCGAGCAGGCAAGAUGGGCCCAUCCUGCCCGCUCGGGAUUUCCCGCGUUGGUCCAGCAAGAAAAAAAGUUCAUAUUUUGGCCAUAUAAUAAAUUCCUUAUUGACCAAGCCUUUUCGGUCGAGAUGGCUGAAUACUAGCUUCGUUCUUUUUUGCGUUUUUAUUGACCAACACGAAAUUUAGCUAAUAUCCAGGUUCCCAUCUUGACCUCACGCUCGGUAAAUAUCGCAUAUAUAAUAGGAACCAACUGGCUAUUCUGCCCUCUGAUUCGUAGCAAAAAAGAAAAUAUCCUCUUACACCCUUACUUAUAACCAUUGCAUUGUCAGAGUCAAUAGAAACAACUGUGAAGUCCCAGUUGUGAGUUCACUUGUGGGUCUGGAAGAAAGGUCUCACUUACAUUUGUAUGAAUGUGGGUGGCUUUGAACAUUCAAAUGCAAUCUCUUCAGCAGUAGUUUCGGAUGGUACCAAUUGGUUUUCAGAAAAUGAUGGUAAGAUAACUUUCAACUGUUGAUCUUGUGCGCUCCUCAGGUUGGAAGCAAAGGUUAGGGUAAUUUACGCCGUCUUGACAAAACCAUCCUUCAUAUUUUAUUGAUGUGGUUACUUGUAGGAGAUGCUUGUGAUGAUGAUCAAGAUGGUGAUGGUGUCUCCAAUAUUGAUGAUAAUUGCCGUUUAGUAAACAACUCAGGUCAAGAACAUGUCAACCUGGCUUACGAUGCCAAAGGUAAAUUCACUAAUUAGUCAAUCUUUAAUUGCUUAGGUUUAUUUAUGAUAUCUAACUUAAGACAUGUGUGUUGUAUAGAGAAGGCAAAUUUCCAACCAAAAUAUUUAAUUGGAAUAGUUGCACUUGCUUUCGUUGCCCCGUUCUAGGACCUGCUUUGAUUUAGACCGGAGAUCAUGACUGUUUCACACUUCCUAUUUCAAUUACAGGUGACCAGCGCGAAUCGAGCUCACCUUUUCCAAUAGAAUUUUUCAUCUCGGAGUUUCACAUAUGAUUUGUACAAAGCGUGCACAGGCUGGUUUUCCCGAAUUGCCCCAACGCGCACGGAAUUAAUACCGUGGACUUUGAAUUUGUACCUUGCGAGCAGAGGUUUCUUUUUGGCUCGAUUUAUGCGCGGAGUCGUUCGCGUCGCUAUCAUUCGCGUAGUUGGCUUGUUUACGCCCCCCAAUAAACGCUGAUGGUAAUUUCUCGGUUGUGGAAUUGAGGAGAUUAAAAACUGUCCCAAAUAACUUUUAUCUCAUGGAUGAAAGCGGCAUUCAACUUCACAUUUUUGCGAAGAGUAAACGACAUGUUUUUCAGCAUUUGCUAAUUUCCUAUUUUGAGGGAAUGUCAACUUAACAGUGACUAAAUUCUGAUGUUUGCCCUAAACGUAGUUCUAAAUCUCUCUAUUGAUUUCGAUUUACUGUCUUCGGUCAAGUUGUUAAUGAUUCACAACUACAAUAAAUUUCACUGGAACUAAUGUGCUGAGAAGUGCGAAAUUAAAGUUUUGUUGUUUUGUCUUGCAGCAAACCCAGUUGGUGAUGUUUGUAUAUCUGAUUUUGACGGUGACGGAGUUGCUGAUGAUAGUGAUCAUUGUCCUUAUGUAAGACAUCUCAGCAAAACCAGCUUCACCGAUCACUUUACAGUUGAUUUGUAUCCCGGACACAGCGAUCCAUUACCCGUCUGGCAAGUUGCUAAAAAUGUAAGUCUUGGAGUUGUUUUGAUAACUUUCCUAAUAGCUCUACCACAGACUGUUUUCCUUCCCACUCUCUUAGGGCCUGUCCACAUGGAGGUGUGGGAUCCCAGGUAGGUGAGGUAACCCGCUUAGGGGGGGGUAACCCGCCUGUCCAUAUAAUCUCUCAUUUUAAUUUGAUCACGUUUACAUGAUAGGUGAGGUAACCCGCCACAUGUUACCUCACCUACCUGGGGUCCCCCACCUCCAUGAAACAGGCCCUUAUCUUUAGGAUAAAAUAUCUUACCAACGAAGCACGCUGUAUGGAUAUCUCGAAUUCUUCUUAUCAGCAAAUGAGCAUACUAUUAGUCUGACUUAGGGAUGCGGGAAAAGUAGACAGGAAUAAUGGAGUCUUCAAUUAACACCCCUUUUGAAGAAGUAUAAUUUGCACAAGCAAAAGAUAACAUAUCGCAAAAAAACGAUUAUUAUAAUCUUGAUUAAUACUCAACUCAUUUACAAUAAACCCUCAGGUGCCUGAGAUUUCAAGAAAUUAGUUCUCUCUUUCUUUAUUUUAUACACUUCGUCGUUCCUUUUAUUUCUGUUGCACUUUCGUCUGUCUAAUGAGGACUUGUUGGAUCUAUUAGAUGUUUUGUUUAGCUCCCCUUCGACCUUUUAAGGCCAAAGAAGGUUUCGGAUUCACAUGAUUUAUUUGCCACACUUGUACGACGAUUUUACGUGAUUUUGUAUACUGACCAUUGUUACUAUUUUUUAUGGUUUUAAUGCCAACAGGGUAUUGAUGUUGAGGAAGUAACCAAUACCUCUUCCAAACACCCCUCAAUGCUGAUCGGUUCGUAUGAUCUUUUGGUAUCUCUAUAAAGAGGUUUAACAUUGUAUUUAAUAAGAGAUUGCCUAGCCGAACUAGCGUGAAAAUAAACAAGCUCCUCCGGAACGAACAGGGGAAAACUGUUACCCGUGAAUACACUCUCACAGCUACUGAAGAUUGAAAGAGUUUCCAUUAUCAUCUAAGGGGCUGAAUAUAAUGAUCUAUUGCCAUGUAUAAGAAUCUUUGUGAAAUCGCUUUGCAGUCGAACCCGCUUCACAGACACCUGCUUAAAACGGACACCUCAUUAUUACGGAGGGUUUUAUUUCUCCCUGGGGAAAGCUCUUUCCCUUUUUAUUGGCUAUGUUCACAGUAUAUCGGAUAUCUUUUGCGCUGGCACUAAGACCAUACGCGAUAGGCCUUCUCUUCACACAAAAGAACGGUGAUUUCAGCGCGAUUUCUGUGAGGAAGCGAAGCUGCGUCGCGCUUAUCUCGAAAAUAGAGAGUCACAUAUCGGAUACAAUAUUUCCUUCAAUAACAGCCGUCCCUCGAUUAAUUGCCUCCCUCGAUGGACAUAGGCCGUGGAAUGACGGUUUGUUAACUUGACGAUGCUAAUGCCUUGCAUGUCUUAUUUCUUCAAUAUUUUGUUAACAUAAAAGGUGUACUUUUGCCUUCAAUAACAUGACCCGCUUAAUACGGAAACUUCGUUGAUACGGACAAUCUCUUAAGCGCCCUCAGGAUCCAUGUUAACGCGGUUUGACUGUGCUAAUGUUUAGUAUCCUGCAGGUUCACCUCGAUACGGACCUGUGGACUACAGUGGUGCAAUAUAUGUAAAGGGUAGCGAAGGAUCAGACUAUGUAGGCGUUGUGUUUGGUUAUCAAUCAAACCGAAAGUUUUACGUUGUAAUGUGGAGAAAAGAGAACAGCAACUUUGAGAGUUCCAAUGUUAACUCAGGAAUUAAGGGUCUGCAGCUAAAGGUAAGCUGUGUGUUUAGAAAUUGGAAGUCUAUCGGUAAAAUCCAGAGAAUUUGCUUUGACGUCAGCAUACACAGUCCGUCCCUACAGACCUUGAGGGUAGGGUCGGGGAACUCAGUAAGGGACGGCAAGGGAGUCGGAGACAUGUAACUUUCGUUUGUUUCAAAAUUUUUGGUUAUUUAUAACUGUUAGGGUUAGACAAGAUGGUAAGAAACCAAAGGGGUCUAAGCAUUAUACAUCUUACUCUGGUCGAAUGAAUUUUUUUCCACAUUUCUUUUGUUUGUUUAAAGCAAAUUUCGACAAUCAUUCGCUAACCGAUGUGCCGACUUUAGCUUAAUGUGAUUUUUGUAGUGGUCUUUGUCCUCAUAAACUGUUGCUUUCUUAAUUUUACAGCUUGUCGAUUCCAAUCAAGCACCUGGAGUCGGCUUGGCACAAGCAAUUUGGCAUUCUGGCGAUACUUCCAACUUGGUCAGUAGCAUAGUUAUAUCCCCGCCCUCUCCUCCCCUUUAGUUUAUUACAUAAGCGAGCAGUAACACCAGUCAUAUAUUGUGACUUUUGUAUUCUUCUACAGGUAAAGCUACUCUGGUGUGAUCCUAAGAUGGAGGGUUGGAAAUUUCAGACUCCUUAUGCUUUCCACAUCACUCACAGACCUUCCAUCGGUCUAAUAAGGUAUGAAUUGUCAAUAGUGUCAGACAAGCCGACUGUUUUAAUAUGUAACAAGUUCGCAAUCGACUUCAUUGACCCGGUUGCUCACAGCUUUUAUUAUUUUCAUCAGGAAUUUUUUCGUUGCCGGUGAUACACGCUAUAUCUGCCUUCAUAUAUUUCUAAAUUGUGAGCUCUUACUCUUAUGUUUGUCCUUUUUUACUGCAGAGUGCGAGUGAAGCAGGGUCUGACAGUAUUGGCGGAUUCCGGAGACAUCUAUGAUACUACCAUCACUGGUGGCCGCCUCGGUAUGAUGGUGUUUGGACAGCAGGACGUUAUCUGGUCUCGCCUUGAGGCCAGAUGCUCGGACAGGUUAGUUCAAUACCAGGUGACCAGCACCUUCAUAGCCUAAGAAAACAGCCGAUAUUUAGCGACGCCACCUCUGGAUUCCCCGCGAAAUGGCGUCAAAGGGACGAGCGCAGAAAUUCCAUACUCGGGAAUAAAAGGUUUAAUCGGCUCCAUCUUUGUCUUUCCAUUAGGGCUAAUCAAGCAUUACAGUUUGACGGCGUUGAUGAUCACGUGUUGCUGCCUCCUAUUCAUACACUUGGUCUAACAGACAGGUACUUAGUUGUGAAUUCUGUUGGAGAUGUGACAAGGGAACUAUUGAGGUUUAAUUUUAUGCAAUUGUCAAGCAUGGGUAUCCACUUAGCUUGCAUUUACAAUCGUUAAAAGAGCCCUGUCAAUAAAUAGGCACACUCACGUUUUGCAUAAUUUAAACUUCCCUCAAAAAUGGCUGGAAAAAUAAGCAGCUUGCGGUGACGACUAAAUGAGGUAAAGAGUUCCAUGUAAAUCGUCACGUUAUAUAGCCUCCCACGAAAAAGGUUCUUUUAGCUCGUCACGCAAUACUCCCCAACGGGCGUCGUUCGUGGGGAAGGCACGCGUGACCAGAAAGCCCUAAGAAUGUCUGCGUGGGAGGCUAUACGUUAUCUCGCACGAUUAGGUGACUGAUUUUGACGUUGUGAUGUUGUAGUGCUACAAUAUCAGCUAAACCGACCGUUUGUUUCAGUUUUACCAUCAGUGCUUGGGUAUGGAUGGCAGCGGAUUAUCCCAACGCAGUCAUGCCUAUUGUAUGCAGCCUGGAUACAACACUCUGCCUUUACCUGAAGGACAGGUAUGUUGAUAUACGUUGGAUAUCAACUGCAGCUAAUCACAGUAUUCUCAUUAUCAUUGCUAGUGGUUAACCAGAAAGAGUUUUAAUAUGGAUUUAGCUUUGACUUCUCAAAUCAGCUGAAAACAGCUACUUCCCUCCCUUCGUUAACGCUCCAGAUUGAGUGCGCACGUCAAUUUUCAAUCGAUGUGACCAGUUGACCGUUAUUUUUUUCCUAGGCAAAUUCAUGGUAACCUGGGUUCUUCUGUGGCUGUAGGGUCUGAAAUAAUCGAACCUGCAGAAUGGCAUCACCUGGUGUAUAGAUACGACGCUCAGAGUAAGUAAACAAACUGACUGAUUUACAGACUGGCGGGCUGACUGACUAAUUGACUGUCUUAGUGAACGAACGAAGGAUCAAGUCAAGAGAAUGUAUAGAAGACCUGACUGAUUGAUCUAACGAACGUCCGUCUGACUGACUGACUGACUGACGGACGGAACAAGAAAGUGACCGAAUUGUUGAACUUCAUUUCUGGACCGAAUGAACGAUCGAUCUACUUUUUAAUGUUAGUGACAGUAAGCAUUGAGCAAGUUACAAAGAUGAAGACCCUAACUGUAACGUGAAAUCUUAAUACUGAAACUGUGAGGCAGAAAAAAGCGCACAUGAGCUAUGAGGCCCACAGGACCGGCACAUAUCUCCGGUCUAUAUACAUGAAACACCUAGGAGUAUAGCUCGCCCUCCCCCACCCUGAGUGGGUGCUAGUCUAUCGCAGGUUUACCCCCGACAGUAUAUCGCCGGUAGCCAUUUGUAGGGAAAGCCCACGUUGUAUAAGCCUCAUGGUUUCUUUGGGCUUUCCUGCCAUUUCGUAACGAUUCUUGUAAUCUAUUUCUAUGUUAUAAUAAGGUGACGAAAUAAAUAAAAAAAAUUUACACCCGGGUGAAAGGAUAAACAGCGUGACGGCAAUGCUUGAACCUGGAGCUCUAGGGCCAAAGUUCAAGGUGUAAACUAGUCAGCCAUCACGCCUCCAAUCGACAAAGAGAGACUAAAUUUUUUCCCUUUUCUUUUUUUUUUUUUUUUUUUCUCUUUGAUUUCUUUGCAGCCUACAGCCUUGAACUUUUUGUAAACGGUUCGUCUGUUGGGGUACAGAGCAAUGUGUUGCCACAUAACUGGGUAUGUCCGCUCUCUGUUUUAUCACUUACCGUUUAUCAACGUGUGAUUGAACCUCCUUGUCUUUCUAAUGUAGACUUUGAAAUGACGUAGUCUAUAAGUUGAGUCCGUGAGAAUGAAGUAUUGUGGAAAUUGAAAUUACGUCACAGACUUUAUUAUGUGGUCAUUGGAGAUACGUCAUAGUUUAUAAAUUCAAAUGCUAUAGUGGCUAUUAAAAUGACGUCGUAGACUAUAUAGUGUGUCCGUUUUGUGGCUAUUGAAAUGAAGUCAUAAAUUCUAUAGUGUCCAUUGCAAUGAAUGUUGAGUUUUAAAAUGUUAAUUCGACUAAAUGAAAUUCUUGUUGAGUUUUCCUCCAAACGAUAAAAGGAUUGCAAAGUGUGCAGCAUAUAGUUUUCAUGCCCUUUGUGUCUCAGUGGAUUUUUCCGUAAGCCAAUUUCUUGUCAAUCUCUUAAUACGCAUCCAGGCUCCUGAUGUGGCUCUGUACGUGGGACGUGACAAUGGGAAUUAUAUGAAUGGAACGGUAGAUGAGGUACGAUUUCGUAGUCAACAUGAAUUCGCCGCUUCUUUAUUAUAUAUUUAUAGUCUUAGGUUAGGGAGGGAGCUCAUGUAAUAAUCCCCUUCAAUAUUGGGAUAUAACAAAUAAAUUACGCGCACAAACGUUCAUGUUUUUAUUGGGCCAGGAAUGGGGGGAAGAAGGAAAAUAGAGGGAAAAAGUAGCAGCCUUCCCAACACUUGACAAUAAUUGUAGUCUGGUGAUUUGCAACAAGUUAAAAACCUUCCGUCUUUGUUUUGCUUAUUACGGGGGGGGCGUCUGAGUCAGGUAAAGUAGGUUGUUUUAUUUUGGGGUACUCAUUGGCAAUUUAGCCUGAGUAGGCUCUUACUUUUUAUGAAGGAGAUAUUAGAUUGUUGAUUACCAAAAAAUAGAUAAACUUUGAUUCCUUCACAAUUUUACACUGUUGUUUAUCAUAAUUUAAAUGUAAUCCACAUAUUAUAAGAACCAUGCUCGAUCUUGCUAGGCUAAACAGGUUCUUAUAUUUUUGGGUAUUAAAGCGGCAGGUUCUGCCAGGAGCUUCUUAAUCCACCGGUUCUUAUUGGCAGGUGUUUACUGUAUUAACGCCAUUUUGCCGGAUAUCGUAAACGUCCUCGAAUUUUGUCAACGCUAGCUGGCUAAAAGAAAUAGCCAAUCAGAGACGGAGAGUUAUUUUAUAAUGAAUGAUAAUUUACAGUAUUAUGUCUAAAAUGAGAUAUUUCACCGUCUCUCUUUUCAAAGCUUACAUUAUGGGGAGUCCGUGUGGAGGAUGGUGAGAUCGUGAACUACAUGAAGACUGCUGGUCUUCUGUUACCCAUUCACAAGCGUGUGGUGCGGGCUCACUUUAAUAUGGAGGAUACAUCCGGUACAAUCAUACUAGAUCAAGGUGGAAACAAUUACCAUGGUAACCUUGUCGGCGGUCCCACUCUUGUCUCGGUAUGUAAACAUCCACUCUUUUUAAUUCACCAUUUGUACAUCUCCCAUAACUACAACUUGUUUGCCUCCCCAAAGUUUUUUUUCCUGGGUAUUUGGCGGUAUUACAUGAUUGAAGGCAAUGUUUAUUCUUUUUUUUCUUUUUUUUUUUUUUGGGGGGGGGGGGGGGGGGGGGGGGGGGCCAAAACAAUUUGUUUUGGGGGGGGGGGGCAAAUUGGGAAUUUUGACCGGAAUCCCUUUUUUAAUACCCAACUCACUAAAUGCCUGAAGCGCAAGAAUUUUUCCUCUUUUUUCUUCUACAGAGCUCGUUUGAUAAAAAUCGCUUUUUGUUUACUUCCCCCAACAACAGGCGGAAGAGAAGAGGGUUGGGGGUUUGGGCGGGACAUAGGGACCUUUGGAAUUUAAAUAUAUCAAUUCAAUCGUGCAUGCACCUCCAAUAAUAAAGCGGUAUUAAAAACUCCCACUUUUUUUUCUUCCCCCUUUGUACCCUCCCCAAAUCUAAACUUUUUUUUCCACCCAAAUUUUUUUUUUUUUUGUUUUUUCGAUUUUUUUAUAUUUUAAAGUUAUGUUUUUUUUUUUUUUUUUUUUUUUUUUUUUUGGGGGGGGGGGGGUGGUGGGGGGCGGGGACCAAACAAAUUGUAUUGUGAGAGAUGUGCAAAUUGCGAAUAUUGACCUGAAUCACUUUGUUAAUACUCAACUCACUUAAUGGCUGAAGCGCAAGAAUUUUUCCUCUUUUUUCUUCUACAGAGCUCUGUUGAUAAGAAUCGCUUUGUGAUUACGUACCCGAACAACAGGCGGAAGAGAAGAAGUGUAGGGGCUUGGGCACGACAUAGCGAACUUUAG